CCGAGCGAGCAGCGCCGGCGCAGCGCGCGCGACAUCAGCAUCGCACUAUCCGCUAACUAUUCGCAAUCGACCGACGUCUUGGUUGUUGGACUUGGGUUAUAAUGACUUAACUUCUGCUAAAUGAACCCGUGGACUAGUAUAAGUUUUUCGCAGUGGCGUAUUUAUUUAGAAUCGGGCGAGCGCCGAAGCGACGUUUAUCGUACGAUAAGGACUAGUAGCGUCGAGUGAGAGUUUUUUUGUGCGUUGUGCUGCGGUGGCGGCGUGAUGGAGAAGCAGUCGAGGUGGUCGGAGCAGCGGUCCGAGCAGCGGUCCGAGCAGCGGUCCGAGCAGCGGUCCGAGCAGCGGGUGCAGCAGCACUCCGAGAGGCAUGAGCAGAUCGUGCAGCAGCAGGAGCGCGUCCAGCGCACCGAGCACCACUACACCCGGCAGAUGCUCACACAACAACAAGUGGAGAGCACUGGCGAUCGCUUGCCCAUCACCGUAGGCAGACCCGGUGAUCCUUCACCGCCAAUAUUCGAACAAAUCUUCAAAAAUGCAAGAUUUGCACAGGGCGGAAAUGCAAAAUUCGAGGGAAAACUGAGAGGUAACCCAACACCUGUAGUGUCGUGGACUAGAAAGAAAGCACCACUAGUAGAAUGUAAUAAGUACAGUAUGAGCUACAAUGAACAAACCGGUGACGUGUCGUUGCUAAUUAAACAAAUCGGGCCAGGUGAUGAGGGCGAGUACACAUGCACGGCUCGCAAUCAGUACGGCGAAGCGAUUUGUUCAGUGUACAUACAGCCUGAGGGAGUCCCUGUACCUGCUCAACAGUCUUCUCAACAACAGAGCUACCGGCAUGUCAGCGAAAGUGUCGAACACAAAUCGUAUGGCACUCAAGGAUACUCUACGGAACAGUCCCGGCAAAUGCAAAAAAUUGCCUACACCAAUGGUUCCGAUUACUCUUCUACCGAGGAUUUCAAAGUCGAUACAUUUGAGUAUAGACUUUUGAGAGAAGUAUCCUUCAGAGAAACUAUCACCAAGAGAUAUAUCGGAGAAUCUGACAUUCAUAUUAGCACAGAAAUUGAUAAGUCCUUGGGUCCUGUAGCCCCGCCUAAAAUAUCACAGAAACCCAGAAAUUCUAAACUUCAAGAGGGAGCUGACGCGCAAUUCCAGGUACAAUUGUCUGGUAAUCCCAGACCACGGGUAACAUGGUUCAAGAACGGGCAGAGGAUAGUCAAUUCGAAUAAACACGAAAUAGUAACGACACAUAAUCAAACGACACUUAGGGUAAGAAAUACACAAAAGUCUGAUAUUGGCCACUAUACUUUAUUAGCUGAAAACCCCAACGGGUGUAUUGUAACGUCGGCGUAUCUUGCCGUCGAAUCUCCUCAAGAAACAUAUUUCCAAGAUCAGAAGUCACAAUAUAUUAUAGACUCACAACAAACAGGGUAUGAAGAAAGAGUAGAAGUAACUGAAAAAGCUCUCGCUCCGCAAUUUGUAAGAGUCUGCCAAGACCGCGAUGUAACGGAGGGCAAAAUGACGCGAUUCGAUUGCCGCGUCACUGGCAGACCUUACCCAGAAGUCACGUGGUUCAUUAACGAUAGACAAAUUCGAGACGAUUAUAAUCAUAAGAUAUUAGUAAACGAAUCUGGUAAUCAUGCACUUAUGAUUACAAACGUCGAACUCCGUGAUAGCGGUGUGGUAACGUGUGUUGCGCGCAAUAAGAGUGGAGAAGUAUCUUUUCAAUGUAGACUGAAUGUAAUUGAAAAGGAACAAGUAGUCGCUCCUAAGUUUGUUGAGCGUUUCAGUACCUUGAGUGUUCGCGAAGGCGAACCUGUAGUAUUAAAUGCACGAGCAGUCGGCACACCCACACCACGAAUCACAUGGCAGAAGGACGGCGUACAAAUUAUACCCAAUCCAGAGUUACGAAUUAAUACCGAUGGUGGGGCCUCGACGCUGGACAUUCCGCGAGCCAAGGCGUCGGAUGCGGCAUGGUACCAAUGCACCGCCCAGAACGUCGCAGGUUCCACCGCUACUCGGGCAAGGCUCUAUGUCGAAGUACCAAAAGAGCCUCCGCCUGAGCAAAAGCGUCUGCACUUACCCCGGCCUACAAAGAUCAUUGAACCAGAACCUGCUCCUGGACCAGAAAUCAUAUAUUUGAGGCACGUGGAAAGAGCAAGACCUUAUAUUCCUCCAGGAGAGGAAGACCGAGUAUAUCCUCCACCACAGUUUAUCGUGCCACUCAAAAGUGUUACGCAGAUGGAAGGUGGCAAAAUUCACUUUGAAACGAGGAUAGAACCGGUAGGCGAUCCAACGAUGAAGAUAGAAUGGUUGAAGAAUGGACAAAGUAUUGAAGCUAGUUCUAGGUUUACAUCAAUAUUCCGAUUUGGUUAUAUUUCUCUAGACAUGCUCAGUCUUAAUAUUCAAGAUAGUGGAGAAUAUACUUGCCGCGCGACUAGCGCUACAGGAGUUGCUGAAACGAAAGCUAUAUUACAGGUAACACCGAGAGCUACUAUUGAAAGAACAAGUCAACAUCCGCAAAGUCUACAAUAUAUUCAGCAAUUAGAAGAUUACUCAAAGUACCAGCACCAAGAAUCGAUCGAAGAACAAUCGUUACAAAGGCCACAAUUUAUAAGGCCACUACAAGACCUCGGUGAACUUCAAGAAGGAAGAAAUGCUCACUUUGAAGCGCAACUAACUCCAGUUAGUGAUCCUACGAUGAGAGUAGAGUGGUAUAAAGAUGGAAGACCCAUUACAGCCAGCUCGCGAAUCACGUCAAUCUUCAACUUCGGUUACGUCUCCCUUAACAUCAUGCACCUACGGGCUGAAGAUGCAGGUUCGUACACAGUGAGGGCUGUUAAUAAAUUGGGUGAGGCCAUUAGUACCGCUAGUAUCAGAGUAGCAGCUAGGAGUACAGUAACUGCAGACCUCGGUAUACCAGAACAGCGCCGAUACAUCGAGAAGACUGAGCAAUUAGAAGCUUAUCAACAACAACAACACCAAAAAUAUUAUCAGGAAGUCCCUGAGAGUACUCAGAGACCAGAAUUUAAGACUCCUAUUAGGGAUCAAGUAAAUAUUAAGGAAGGUGGUUUCGCUCACUUCGAGGCUCGACUAGAACCUGUGGGAGAUUCCACUUUAAGAGUAGAAUGGUUAAAAGAUGGACGUCCUGUCGAAGCAAGUUCAAGAAUAACUACAUUCUUUAAUUUUGGUUAUGUAGCACUAACUAUAAAAUCAGUGACCGUACACGAUGCCGGCCAUUAUACUUGCAGAGCCUAUAAUGCACUAGGCCAAGCAACAACUAAUGCGAAUCUAUCAAUAGUAACAAAGAAAGAUAUUAUUGCGGAGUCACAACAUCCAGGCGGUUUAGAAAAAAUACAACAUCUUGAAGACUCGAGCAAAUAUAUGAGAAGAACAGAAGAAGAAACAAGAGUAACACAAAAACCUCGAUUUUUGGGACCAUUGAAAGGUACUAACAAAAUUGUUGAAGGACAGAGUGCACAUUUUGAAGCAAGGGUUGAGCCACAAAGUGACUUGACCAUGAAUGUGGAGUGGUACUUUAAUGGAAAACAAAUUAAGACUGCAAAUCGUAUUCAGACAUACUAUGACUUUGGGUACGUCGCGUUGGAUAUUAGUAGCGUGCGUGCUGAAGAUUCCGGCGUGUAUACUGUUGUUGCUCGUAAUGCAGCAGGAGAGGCGCAACUUAGCGCAUCUAUGACAGUUGAAACGCGAUCGAGUAUUGAUACGUCAAGUAUUCAUCGUGGUUUAUAUGAAAAAACCAGACAAAUAGAAGAAUCUAAAUUUGUGGAACCCAUGUACCAAAUUGAAGAAAUCUCAAAAUCUAAACCGGUUUUUGUACAACCUCUCUCAGAUCCAGCACCGAUUUCUGAGGGAAAGAAUAUUCAUCUUGAAUGUAGACUAGAACCAAUGGGUGACCCUACAAUGAGAGUAGAAUGGUUCCACAAUGGCAGAGCCAUAACAGUAGGUUCUCGAUUUAGGACUUACUAUGAUUUUGGAUUCGUAGCAUUAGAUAUAAUUCAUGCUACAUCGGCUGAUACAGGAGAGUACACUGUUCGAGCUGUAAAUCAUUUAGGAUCCGCUCACACGUCUGCAAUGGUACGUGUUAUUGAGAGGUCAGAUAUUUUGACAGAAACACAAAACGAACAAGCUAUUGAACAAAUACAAAUGCUGGAAGAUGCUGCUAGAAGAAGCAGACAAGUACAGGAAGAUAUUACCGUAAUGCAGGCACCUCAGUUCUCAAGGGCAUUGCAUAAUAUUGAAACUAUUGAAGGCACCAAUGUACAUUUGGAAUGCAGAUUACAACCUGUUGGCGACCCUACAAUGAGAGUAGAAUGGUUCUGUAAUGGCAGACCAAUCAAGACAGGGCAUAGGUUUAGACCUGCUUAUGAAUUCGAUUAUGUGGCUCUUGACUUAUUAAGUGUUUAUCCAGAAGAUUCUGGAGUUUACACUUGCCAAGCUACAAAUCAGCUAGGUGAAGCAGUAACUUCAUGUGCGUUGCGUGUAAUUGCUAAAAAGGACUUAAUAUUUGAAUCACAACAUCCAUCGGGACUAGAGAAAAUUCAGUAUUUGGAAGACGCCUCAAGAUAUAAGAAAUCUGAAGUUAUAGAUGAAUCUAUAAAUAUCAAACCUCAUUUUGUAACCAAACCUAAAUCUAUAGAAAAUGUGAUCGAAGGAAACCAUGUUCACUUUGAAUGCAAAUUGGAACCAGUUACUGAUUCCAAUCUUAAAGUAGAGUGGUUUAAGAAUGGACAACCUGUUACUAUUGGUCACAGAUUCAGACCUAUUCAUGAUUUUGGAUACGUAGCACUGGAUAUAAUUGAUUUAAUUGCUGAAGACUCAGGUAUAUAUACUUGCAGAGCUGUAAACCUUGUGGGUACAGACGAAGUAAGUUGUAGAUUAACUUGUCGAGGAACAGCUGAUAUUGUUAGAGGUACACAAAAUGAGGCUGGAUUGGAGCAAAUUCAUGUAUUGGAAGACAGAUCUAGAUAUCAGAGAAGUGAUUUUGUUGACGAAGUCACUACACAAGCUCCUAUUUUCACGACAUCUUUGAAAAACAUUGAAAUAAAAGAAGGCCAACGUGCACAUUUUGAAUGCAGACUCAUUCCAGUCUCAGAUGCAACGAUGAAGGUAGAAUGGUAUCAUAACAAUAAACCUCUCAAAAGCGGUUCAAGGUUUACAGAAACAAAUAAUUUCGGUUUCGUAGCUCUUGAUAUAAUGUCUUGCUUACCUGAAGAUUCUGGAACUUAUACUUGUAGAGCCAUAAAUGCUCUCGGAGAAGCAGUUACAUCAGGAAUUGCAAUUGUACAUUCCAAAAAAUCUAUAUAUUUGGAGUCUCAACAUGAAGGAGCCUUGACAAGGUUAACUCAACUUGAAGAUACAUCAAGGUAUCAAAGGCAUAGCGCACAAGAUGAAAUUAUUACUCAAGCACCAGUAUUCACGAUGCCUAUGAAAGAUAUAAGAGUAGCCGAAAAUCAAGCCGCACACUUUGAAGCGCGACUUAUUCCUGUGGGUGACCCAAAACUACGGGUAGAAUGGCUGCGUAAUGGUGUACCAAUUGAAGCAUCCAAUCGAUUGACAACGAUGCAUGACUUUGGAUAUGUUGCUCUUAAUAUGAAGUAUGUAAAUCCUGAGGACUCUGGAACGUACACAUGCCGAGCAAUAAAUGAACUAGGAGAAGCUGUAACUUCAUCUACACUAAUUGUACAAUCCAAGGCAUCGUUGCAACUUGAAUCACAACAUGAAAGUGCUUUAGAGAAAAUACAGCAGUUGGAAGAUACCUCGCGUUAUCAACGCAGAGAAGAUGUAGAGGUUCAAGUUAAUCAAGCACCUAGAUUUAUCACUCAAUUAAAUGGACCAUCAAGACUUGUAGAAGGUCAGAGCGCUCACUAUGAAUGUCGCAUCGAACCAUAUCCAGACCCCAAUAUGCGGGUUGAAUGGUACUUCAAUGGAAAGGUUCUACAGAGCGGUCAUCGCUACCGUACUGCUUUUGACUUUGGGUUUGCAGCACUUGACGUUCUCACUGUUUAUGGAGAAGAUUCUGGAGAAUAUACAUGCAAGGUCAUAAAUAACUUAGGGCAAGCAACAUCAUCUAUCAAGUUGAAUGUACAAUCCAAGGAAUCUAUAAUAAGGGACACGCAACAUGAAAGUGCAUUGGAAAAGAUUCAGUAUUUAGAAGAUGACAGCAGAUACAAGAAGGUGGUUCGUGAUGAGAGCUUUGUUGCUGAAAAGCCACAGUUUGGAAGGCCACUUAAAAAUGUUCAAGUAGCUGAAGGCAAACCGGUUCAUCUUGAAGCAACAUUAACUCCCGUGAACGAUCCUACUAUGCGUGUCGAAUGGUACUGCAAUGGAAGACCGAUCCAGCAAGGUCACCGCUUCAAAACUACUUACGAUUUCGGAUAUGUAGCACUAGACAUUUUGUAUGCCUAUGCUGAAGAUACAGGUACCUACAUGUGUAAAGCAACAAACGCUGUAGGGGAAGCUGUAACUACUAGCUCUGUCAAAGUAGAUGCUAAAUCUGGACUUUAUCUUGAUACACUUGAUGAACAAAGAUUGAGGAAGAUCCAAGAACUGGAAAGAUAUGAGAGACCUAAAGCUGUUGAAGAAGAACAGCCUGGACAAAGGCCUGUAUUCUUAACUGCUUUAACAAGUCUUGAGAAUUUGAAAGAAGGUGACCGUGCCCACUUCGAAUGUAGAGUUGAGCCAAUCAAUGACCCAGACUUAAAGAUUGAAUGGUUCCUCAAUGGACAAAAGAUCAAAACAGGCCAUAGGUACAGAACAACACAUGACUUCGGCUAUGUUGCCCUAGAUAUUCUAUACUCUUAUGCGGAAGACUCCGGCACGUACAUGUGUAAAGCUACCAAUAAACUUGGUGAAGCUGUUAAUACAUGCACGUUGAAGGUUGCAGGGCACAGGAGUAUUAUUCUGGAUACUCAACAUCCGAAUGGAUUGGAAAAGAUUAGGCAACUAGAAGCACAAGGUCAUCAUACGAGAUUAGAAGUUGAAGAACCUAAGAUUAGUCCGCCAAGGUUCGUUACUGAGCUGAGGGGAACAACACAUGUAUUUGAAGGCAAAACAGCUCACUUUGAAUGUCAAGUCGAACCUGUACACGAUCCUAAUUUACGUAUUGAAUUUUAUCAUAAUGGAAAAGCCCUGCAAUCUGCUUCAAGGUUCCAUAUCACUUUUGAUUUUGGUUAUGUGUCAUUAGAUAUUCAGCACUGUGUUCCUGAAGACGCUGGUGAAUAUUCGGUUAAAGCAAUCAAUGCUCUUGGACAGUGCACAUCAUCAAUAUCUAUGACAGUAACCGCAAAAGGUAGUAUCAUAUCGGAAUCUCAACGUCCGGAAGGUCUAGAGAAGAUCCGAGAGUUAGAAUCAGUGGAACCAUUCAAACGUCCCGAGAUACCAGAACCAGUUACUAGACAGAGACCAGUAUUUACGCAACCUCUACAAAAUAUAGACAACAUACAAGAAGGACAAACUGCGCACUUUGAUUGUCGACUUAUUCCAGUUGGGGAUCCUACUCUUAAAGUGGAAUGGUUUAGAAAUGAAAAACUAAUCGAAGACAGUUCUCGAAUAACUAAGACUCAUGACUUCGGUUAUGUAUCCAUGACUAUUACCCAUGUGCGCGAUGAAGAUGAAGGCGUAUAUAUGUGUAGAGCAUCGAAUCUUCUCGGAGAGGCAGUUACAACUGCUGCUAUGAGAAUAAAAACAAAAGCAGCUAUCCAGAUGGACACACAACAUCCUGAAGGAAUGAAAAAGAUACAACGGUUGGAGGAACCACAGCCUAAAAGAAGUGAAGAACCUGAACGUGAAUUUGAAAAACCAAUUUUCACACAAGUUCUUACCGGUCCUUCGGAACUAUGGGAAGGACAACAUGCACAUUAUGAAGCUCGUGUUGUGCCUGUUGGUGAUCCAAGCUUACGUUUUGAGUGGUAUAUCAAUGGCGUAGAACUUAAAAUGGGCUCCAGAUUCCGCACGACGCAUGACUUUGGAUUUGUCACAUUAGAUAUAAACUCAGUAGUAGCACAAGAUGCUGGACUAUAUAUGUGCAAAGCUAUUAACAGAGCUGGUAGCACAGUAUCUUCGACAUCACUGAAGGUCAAGACAAAAUCCACUAUUGUUGACCAGGCGAUGAGACCUGAAUCAUGGGAACAAAUUCAGCUAAAAGAAGCAGCAAUGAAUAAAGUUCCAGAGAUGUUUGUUGAUACUGGAGUUCAGCAAGCACCAAUCUUUACUACUCAUUUGAAGAGUUACGACAAACUUGUAGAAGGACAACAUGUAUACCUUGAAGCACAGGUAGAACCACGUACAGAUCCUAAUCUAAGAAUCGAGUGGUUUAAAAAUGGUAUCUCUCUAACGACUGGUGCGAGACUGAAGAGUACCUUCGAUUUCGGACUCGUCACGUUAUCUAUCAAUGGUUUAAGAAUUGAUGACUCUGGUAUUUAUACUUGUAAAGCUACCAACCUUAUGGGAGAAGCUGUAUCUACUGCUUCCAUUAAGAUUGAAGAUCGUCAUUGGCUACUUGGUGAAACACUUCACCCUGAAUCUCUUGAUAGAAUUGGGGCUUUAGAACAACCUAAGCCAUCAAAACCAGAGGCUCCAGAACCAGUUUAUGAAACACCUGUAUUUAUUUCUCAUUUGAAUAACAUAUUAUGCAAAGAAGGGGAUAAUAUUCAUUUUGAAUGUAAUGUAGAGCCUUCUAGAGAUCCAACACUUAAGAUUGAAUGGUUCUUUAACAAUAAACCUUUACCAUCGGGUACAAGAUAUAAGAGUACUCAUGACUUUAGUUAUGUAUCUUUAGACAUUACUCACACAUAUGAAGAGGAUUCUGGUAUUUACACAUGUAAGGCAACUAACAGCAAGGGAUCAGCAACAACAUCCGGUUCGCUGAGAUGUACAGGAGAUAAGAACAUUUAUUUCGAUACUCAACACCCACAAGGAAAAGCUGGUCUUGAAGCUGUUGAGCAAGCUGAAGAAGCUAGACUUGCAAAAGGCAGAAGACCUUCAGUACCUGAUGCUGAAUACGCUAAGCCAGAAUGGGUUGUCCCAAUAGCAGCUGAGCAUCAACUAAUAGAAGGACAAGCACUUCAUUUAGAAGGUCAAGUUGAACCGAAAAAUGAUCCUAAUCUGAAAAUUGAAUGGUACUUUAAUGGCAAAGUACUGGAACAAGGAUCAAGGUUUAAACUUACUAGUGAUUUCGGUUUUGUGACUUUAGAUUUAAUUGAUGUUUAUGAAAGAGAUAGUGGAAUAUAUACAUGCAAGGCUUAUAACAAGAGGGGUGAAGCCUUCACGUCUUCAACUAUUUAUUGCACAAGUAAAGAGAAUCUUAUCGAACGUACUCAACAUCCUAAAGGUACAGAAGGCUUGGAAAAGAUACAAAAUCUUGAGGAUUCACUUCGUAGGGAACCUGGUCAAAAGCCUGAUGAUGAUACUGGUAGGCCACCUGAAUUUACUAGUGUAUUCAAAGAUAUUGUUGAUAUAAGUGAAGGUCAAAUAGCUCACUACGAAGCUUCAUUAAUACCCACGGGUGACCAGAGUAUGGUAAUUGAAUGGUUCUUUAAUGGAAAGACAAUUGAGGCUAGUCAUCGUAUUCGUACCGUGUAUGCAUUCGGUAUGGUUGUUCUUGAAAUACUAGGAACUAAGACCACUGACUCAGGCGUAUACUCUUGCCGAGCCACUAAUAGAUGGGGUCAAGCUGAAAUAAGUGUCAAGUUAGAAUGUGUAGAUAAGAGUAAAGGACAAAAACCGAGGUUUACUACACAUAUUCAGAACAUUGAUGGACUUAAGGAUGGCCAAUCAGCGCAUUUUGAAUGCACUGUUGUACCCGUCGAUGAUCCUGAUAUGAAAAUCGAGUGGUACCACAACGGUCAGCCGUUGCGGCAUUCAACAAGGAUAAAGACCGUGUCAGACUUCGGCUUUGUAGUUCUUGAUAUUGCGUACACUCAAAACCAUGAUUCUGGUGAAUAUGUAUGUCGUGCAUAUAAUAAAUAUGGAGAAGAUUUUACUAAAGCUACUAUUGGUUGCUAUGGACGUGGAGGAGUUUACUUAGACAGCUUACAACCUGAUUCAUUGGCUAAGAUUAGAGAGUUAGAAAGUCUGCAAGGGCAACAACAACAAGCUCCUGCAGCGGCUUCAGCAGAACCACCGAAAUUCUUAACACAGAUACAGGAUGUUACAAAAUUAGUAGAAGGACAAAGUGCUCACUUCGAGGCUCGUCUGGUGCCUGUAGAUGACCCUGAUCUUAAAGUAGAGUGGUUCUAUAAUGGUAAAAAAUUGCCACAUGGACACCGAUAUAGAACUUUCCACGACUUUGGUAUCGUCAUAUUAGAUAUACUUUAUUGUUACGAAGAGAAUUCUGGCGUAUAUGAGUGCGUCGCAACUAACAAAUUAGGCCGCGAUUCUACAAAGGCUACUCUCAAGUGUACAUCGAAAGAGAACUUAAUCUUGGACUCGCAACUCCCGCGGGGCAUGGAAGGUGGAUUGGAGAAAUUACAAACCUUGGAAGACUCGAUGAUUCGUAGAAAGGAUACAACAGUUGAAGAAGAAAGAGGCAGGGCUCCUGUUUUCACAGUUCCGUUAUCUAAUAUUGAAAAUCUUAGAGAAGGUGAAAAUGCACACUUCGAAGCGCGACUAACUCCAACUGAUGAUCCCAACUUGAAAGUGGAAUGGUAUUGGAAUGGAAAGUCUCUUAAAGCUGGCUCAAGAUUUAGAACAUUCUGUGACUUUGGAUUUGUAAUUCUUGAAAUAUCUCCUACGUAUCCUGAAGAUUCUGGAGAAUACUUAUGUAGAGCAUAUAACAAUUAUGGAGAAGCGGUAACUACAGCUACAAUGAAAGUUCAAGGAAAGCGUAAUAUCAUCUUGGAAUCUCAAUUGCCUAAGGGCAUGGAGGGUACUAUUGACAAAAUCGCAGCUCUCGAAGGGUAUACUGGUACUGUAGAUUCAUUAACACCAGAGGCGGAAACUGGAAAUCCUCCAGAAUUUAUUACAACGCCGUCGGAUCUUAUCUUAACAGAAAACUCGUCGGCCCACUUUGAGUGUCGCUUAGUUCCUGUAAAUGAUUCAAGUAUGAGAGUCGAAUGGUAUCAUAAUGGAAAACCACUGUUGACUGGAUCUAGAGUUAAGACUAUCAAUGAUUUCGGAUUCGUUAUAUUAGAAAUUGGAGGAGUUUAUCAACGUGAUGCUGGAUUAUAUACUUGCAAGGCCACAAAUCGUCACGGCGAAGCCACUGUUUCCUGCAAACUGCAAGUUAAGGGUAGACAAGGCAUUAUCUUAGAACCCCAAUUGCCUUCUCACUUUAAAUCAGGUACAGAAAGUAUUCAAAAAUUGGAAGAGACUUUACAUAAAAGGGAAGAAAUUGCAGUUGAAGAUGAAAAGCCUAAUCCACCGAGAUUUACAGUUGAAAUUAAGGACAAUAUUGAUGUACCAGAAGGCGGACCGAUUCAUUUCGACUGCCGUGUAGAACCAAUAGGAGAUCCUACAAUGAGAAUAGAUUGGUUCUUCAAUGGAAGACCUUUCGCUACUGGAUCUCGCGUACACAUGCUUAAUGAUUUUGGCUUUAUAGCAUUGGAUAUUGAUUAUAUAUAUGCUCGUGAUGCAGGAGAGUAUACUUGCAGGGCCACCAACAAAUGGGGUUCAGCAACAACUACUGCUAAGAUCACUUGCAGUUCAAAACGUGAUAUCGUUUUAGAAUCACAACUGCCGCAGGGCAUGAGUGGUGAGAAAAUAAAAGAACUCGAAAAAGGACGAAUCAGUUCUGUUCCAAAAGACGAGCCAGUGGUCAGUACUCCUCCUAAAUUUAUUACCCAGAUUCAGUCACAUACCGUUGAAGAAUCAGAAGGUGUACGUUUUGAAUGCCGCGUAGAACCCAAAGAAGAUCCGAAACUGCGAAUUGAGUGGUACCGUAAUGGCAAACUUUUGCCAUCUGGUCAUAGGUACCGGACAGUUUACGAUAUGGGUUUUGUUUCCCUUGAUAUUUUAUAUGUAUAUGCAGAAGACUCUGGCGAAUACGUUUGUCGGGCUGUUAAUGAUUUUGGUGAAGAUUUUACUAAAGGAACAGUGUCAUGCAAACAAUUGCCAGACAUUAUUUUGCAAAAUCAAGUACCUAGAGGCAUGAAGAGAUCCGAAGCACUGACACAAAUGGAGGCCACUAUAAAGAAAUACACUUCAGAAAUAUACUUGACUGAAGACGAUCUUUAUGAUGCUGAUAAGAAACAACCACCGCGUUUCGUAACACAAAUUCAGAGUCAGACUACUUUGGUGGAAAUGGAAUCUACCAAGUUCGAAUGUCAAUUAGCUCCAGUUGGAGAUCCUAAUAUGAAAGUAGAGUGGUUCUUCAAUGGCAAACCAUUAUUACAUAAGAAUCGUUUCACACCUAUUUACGACUUCGGAUAUGUGGCAAUGAACUUCGGCUGGGUGUACCCAGAGGAUAGCGGAGAAUAUGUCUGUCGUGCAACCAACCUUUAUGGCAUGGAUGAAACCAGAGCUAUCAUAAAAACUGCCGGCAAGCCAGGAAUUGUUUACGAUUCGCAACUACCUAAACACAUGAAGAGUAUUGAGAAGAUUAGGGAGAUGGAGGCAUCUUGGCAAGUAGCACCAGAACAAGUAGUAGAUGAAACGAAGGCACGAUCAGCUCCAGUAUUCGUGAGUCGACCGGAGCCCGUGACCGUAGAAGAGGGUGAAUGGGCUCGAUUCUGCUGUCGUGUUACUGGACAUCCUAAACCUCGAGUAAUGUGGCUCAUUAACGGAAACACCAUUGUCAAUGGUUCUAGAUAUAAACUAACUUAUGAUGGCAUGUACCACUUUGAUAUACCAAAGACUAGACAAUAUGACACAGGCAAAAUAGAAGUAAUCGCUAGAAGUUCAGUGGGUGAGGCAUUAGCCACAACUGAACUUAAAGUCAUUCCUAGACACGAUGACUAUAGAGGAGUAUUGAAAAAUGCCCCAAGACCAUGGUAUGAUGAGACUACUCAGUAUCAGCGCUCUGAAACUGAACUGGAAAAAACAUUCGAGGAAAGGCAAACUAUGCAACGUCAAGGUGUUAUAGACCAUAGACCUGAGUUGAAACCAAAAGUAGUUAAAGAACCUGAAACAGAAUGGCAACAAACUGUCAAGAAGAAGAAGAGUGAGGAAUAUUAUAACAAACUUCAAGAGUUAGAAAACGAACAAGUUAUCAAGGAGAGCAGAUUACGGGAGUCGACACAUCAAUAUGCUAUUCCUGGGGAGAAAAUCGCAAGUUCUCUCGCAAAAGGCAUGGCCCAGAAAUAUGAAAGUACACUAGAACAAAAUGAAGAAGUAGUUGAGCAACAAGUUCACAAGAAAGUUGCUCAGAAGCCAAGGAUUCCAGAUCCAUCUGAAUCUACCGUUCAUGGCAAAGAAGUACAUGUAGCUAAACAGAAACAAGUUCAAAAGGAAGUGGUCGGUGAUACAGAAAUUACACGGAAAAUUACUUCUACUGAAACGACUGAAGUCGAACACAAGGCUCAGACACAUGAAAGGGUAGUAGAAGGCCCUGUGAAGCCCAGUAAUCCACCCGUGUUCACUAAGAAGAUGCAACCAUGUCGUGCGUUUGAACAUGAACAAGCACGAUUUGAAGUGGAAUUUGAUGGAGACCCAUUACCCACUAUUAAAUGGUAUAGAGAGAACUUCCCUAUAAAGAACUCACCAGACUUCCAAAUCCACACAUUUAGCACAAAGUCAGUUCUUAUAAUCCGACAAGUAUUUAUUGAAGACUCGGCCGUAUUUGCUGCUGUUGCCGAAAACCGAGGCGGCACUGCUAAAUGUAGUGCCAAUUUGGUUGUAGAAGAACGUAGACGUCAAGGUAGAGGCGGUGUUGUACCACCCAGCUUCACUCUAACAGCUCAGAACGUUAAUGUAACGGCCGGACAACUAGUUAGAUUCGAUACUAAGGUAACCGGAACUAAACCUAUCGAUGUUUAUUGGUUAAAGAAUGGAAAGAAAGUACAACCUGACAUCAGAAACAAAAUAUUGGAAGAAGACGGAACUUAUACACUCCUUAUUCUUGAAGCUUAUCCACAGGAUUCUGGUAAAUAUGAAUGUGUGGCUAUCAACAGUGCUGGUGAAGCGAGAUGUGAUGCUGAAUGUUCUGUAAAUGCUCCUCCAACAAAGGAAAAGCCAAAACCUCAAACUAAGGCUGCUAACGCUCCUCCUGAAAUCAUCGAACCCUUGAAAGACAAGGUUGUAACUGAGGGACAAGCCAUAGAGUUCAGCUGCAAAAUUGUUGGCAAACCAACGCCUACUGUUCAAUGGUACAAGGGCGAUAAGUUAAUUAAGCCAUCAAAAUACUUCCAAAUGUCAAGAACAGCCGAUGAGUAUACUUUGCGUAUAUCAGAAGCUUUCCCAGAGGACGAGGGUGAUUAUAAAUGUAUCGCCUAUAAUUCUGGAGGCCGAGUAACAGUUGCCGCGAAGCUAAAAGUAACUCAGCCAGAUCAAGCGGACAACUUACCAACUCUUACGCCACUUCGUGAUGUCGUUGUGUUCGAAGGACAACCGGCUCAGUUCAAGACUCACAUAACUAGCAAGACUAAACCAACUAUACAGUGGCUGCGUGAAGGUGCUCUUAUUCCCGAGACACCUGACUUCCAAAUGAUUCACGAAGGCAACAACGCCGUUCUUUUAAUCGGCAAUACGUACGAGGAGGACACGGGAACGUUCACCUGCCGCGCUACAACCGCCGCUGGCCAAGUCGAGACUUCGGCAAAACUAACCGUCAAAAAAACCCGAAUAACAACUUCUCAAAAGAAAUUUCAAGAUAAGACUGAAGUCGACGCAUAUAUUUCGGAAGAAAAUAAUAUAACUUCCAGUAGAACAUCAUACCAAACUACUGAAGACAUAAAUAUUUUGAAAAUACAAAAUCUUCAAGACGUAGAAUCAAGGAAAACAACUACAGUACCAUGGCGUAGAAAAAGUCAAACAGACACAAUAGACGUAACUAAAGAAGAAAAAUUAGAGGUUAAGCAUUGGAGAAAACCUCGUCAAGAUCAAAAAACUGUUCAAAAAACUGUCACUUCUGAGGAUUCUAAUAUUUUAUCUGUACAGAACCAAGAAACUCUUGAAUCAUCUCGAAUCGAUAAAAAUAUAGAACAAAUUAAACAGCAAGAAGUUUCUGAAGUUAAACAUUGGAGGAAACCAAAACUAGUACAAAAGGAAGUUACUGAAGAUAGUAGUAGUAUCAAAUCACAAAUUAAUGAAGUUUCAGAUGAAAAAACUACUAGAGAGAUACAUGAAACUAAAUCUUGGAGAAAGCCACGCAGCGAAAAGCCAUUAUUCUUGGACAAAAAAUUAGUAACUGAAGAUUCCGAAAUACUUGAUAUAAUAAAAUCUGAGUCGACUACUGAGCAGGAGAAUAUUGAAGCCAAACACUGGAGGAAACCUAAAAUAGAUCAUAAACCUACAUCACAGGAAAGACAGUUGAUAACGGAAGAUAAAUCAAUAUUAGAUAUACAAAAGUCUGAAGUAAUAGAUGAAAGUAUUAAGAAUGAAAAAGUAGAAACUAAACACUGGCGGAAGCCUAGACAACCAGAAAAGUCAGAAUCUGUGGAUUUUACUGAAGAAAAGGAAGAAGUAUUCGAUGAACAAGUACGAGACAUUCAACAUUGGAGAAAACCGCGUUCUGAAGAAAGAAAACCUAUUUUGGAAGAAAGGAAAGAACCUACUCCUUGGAAUCAGGAAAUUAUUAAAUUAAGGCCAACGAAAUUAGAAAAAAUUCCAAUUGCUAAAGAAAAACUAGAAGAUGUUACCUUGAAACAAGUAAGAAAAAGUUCCAUUCAAAAGUUGGAAACUAUAGUUAUUGAAGAAUCGUUAACACGUGAAGAAGAUACGGUAAUUUUAAAAAUUACUGACGAUGUUGAGACCACUUAUGAACCAGAAAAAUCAGAAGAAGAAAGGUUGACAGUAAUGCAACAGAAAUCUGCACAAGACAGUUACCAGGAAGAAAUUAAACUAACUGGUAAACGACUACUAAAAGAAGAAGAGCAUAAAGAAGAGAUUAUGUUGAAACGCGUUCCGAAACCGAAAGUUCCAGAAGAAGUAAAACUAGAAGAAGUACAUUUGAAGCCCGUGAAAAAGCAAAAACCUGUUGAUAACACUAAACUUGAAGAGAUGAGCUGGCAAACUGGUAAAAGACGACCUGUAGAAGAAGAACCAUUAGAAGAAGUAGUACUUAAACCCAUUCCUAAGCAAAAAGUUCCAGAAAAAGAGGAAAAGCCAGAAGAAAUCGUAUUGAAACCUAUGAAAAACCAAAAACCUGAUGAAGAGACUCAACCUGAAGGAGUCAAAUGGCCAACAGGGAAGAGGCGGCCAAAAGAAGAGGAACCGAAAGAAGAAGUUGUUCUCAAACCUAUUCCGAAACCGAAAGUACCUGAGGAGAAAAAACCAGAAGAAGUGCAGCUCAAAUCGGUGAGAAAAGAAAAAUCCGUGGAAGAAAUUCAGCCUGAGGAAGUAAGUUGGCGAGCUGGAAAAAUACGAGCCAAAGAAGAGGAGCCCAAAGAAGAAGUUAUUCUUAAACCUAUUCCGAAACCGAAAGCGCCUGAGGAAGAAAAGCCAGCAGAAGUCCAGUUAAAGCCUGUGAGGAAACAAAAACCUGUGGAAGAAACUCAACCUGAAGAAGUUAAAUGGCCAACAGGUAAAAGACGACCAAAAGAAGAGGAGCCCAAAGAAGAAGUUAUUCUUAAACCCAUUCCAAAAACGAAAGCGCCUGAGGAAGAAAAACCAGCAGAAGUCCAGUUAAAGCCUGUGAAGAAACAAAAACCUAUUGAAGAGACUCAACCUGAAGAAGUUAAAUGGCCAACAGGAAAGAGGCGGCCAAAAGAAGAGGAACCAAAAGAAGAAGUUGUUCUCAAACCUAUUCCGAAACCGAAAGCACCUGAGGAAGAAAAACCAGCAGAAGUCCAGUUAAAGCCUGUGAAGAAACAAAAAUCUGUGGAAGAGACUCAACCUGAAGAAGUCAAAUGGCCAACAGGGAAGAGGCGACCAAAAGAAGAGGAACCAAAGGAAGAAGUUGUUCUUAAACCCAUUCCGAAACCGAAAGCACCUGAGGAAGAAAAACCAGCAGAAGUCCAGUUAAAGCCUGUGAAGAAACAAAAACCUAUUGAAGAGACUCAACCUGAAGAAGUCAAAUGGCCAACAGGGAAGAGGCGACCGAAAGAAGAGGAACCGAAAGAAGAAGUUGUUCUUAAACCCAUUCCAAAACCGAAAGCGCCUGAGGAAGAAAAACCAGCAGAAGUCCAGUUAAAGCCUGUGAAGAAACAAAAACCUAUUGAAGAGACUCAACCUGAAGAAGUUAAAUGGCCAACAGGAAAGAGGCGGCCAAAAGAAGAGGAACCGAAAGAAGAAGUUGUUCUCAAACCUAUUCCGAAACCGAAAGCGCCUGAGGAAGAAAAACCAGCAGAAGUCCAGUUAAAGCCUGUGAAGAAACAAAAACCUAUUGAAGAGACUCAACCUGAAGAAGUAAAAUGGCCAACAGGGAAGAGGCGGCCAAAAGAAGAGGAACCGAAAGAAGAAGUUGUUCUUAAACCCAUUCCGAAACCAAAAGCACCUGAGGAAGAAAAACCAGCAGAAGUCCAGUUAAAGCCUGUGAAGAAACAAAAAUCUGUGGAAGAGACUCAACCUGAAGAAGUCAAAUGGCCAACAGGGAAGAGGCGGCCAAAAGAAGAGGAACCGAAAGAAGAAGUUGUUCUUAAACCCAUUCCGAAACUAAAAGCGCCUGAGGAAGAAAAGCCAACAGAAGUCCAGUUAAAGCCUGUGAAGAAACAAAAAGCUGUGGAAGAGACUCAACCUGAAGAAGUCAAAUGGCCAACAGGGAAGAGGCGACCAAAAGAAGAGGAACCAAAGGAAGAAGUUGUUCUUAAACCCAUUCCGAAACCGAAAGCACCUGAGGAAGAAAAACCAGCAGAAGUCCAGUUAAAGCCUGUGAAGAAACAAAAACCUAUUGAAGAGACUCAACCUGAAGAAGUCAAAUGGCCAACAGGAAAGAGGCGACCUAAAGAAGAGGAACCGAAAGAAGAAGUUGUUCUCAAGCCUAUUCCGAAACCGAAAGCGCCUGAGGAAGAAAAACCAGCAGAAGUCCAGUUAAAGCCUGUGAAGAAACAAAAACCUAUUGAAGAGACUCAACCUGAAGAAGUCAAAUGGCCAACAGGAAAGAGGCGACCGAAAGAAGAGGAACCGAAAGAAGAAGUUGUUCUUAAACCCAUUCCAAAACCGAAAGCGCCUGAGGAAGAAAAACCAGCAGAAGUCCAGUUAAAGCCUGUGAAGAAACAAAAACCUAUUGAAGAGACUCAACCUGAAGAAGUCAAAUGGCCAACAGGGAAGAGGCGACCUAAAGAAGAGGAACCGAAAGAAGAAGUUGUCCUUAAGCCCAUUCCGAAACCGAAAGCACCUGAAGAAGAAAAACCAGCAGAAGUCCAGUUAAAGCCUGUGAAGAAACAAAAACCUAUUGAAGAGACUCAACCUGAAGAAGUCAAAUGGCCAACAGGGAAGAGGCGACCAAAAGAAGAGGAACCAAAGGAAGAAGUUGUUCUUAAACCCAUUCCGAAACCGAAAGCACCUGAGGAAGAAAAACCAGCAGAAGUCCAGUUAAAGCCUGUGAAGAAACAAAAACCUAUUGAAGAGACUCAACCUGAAGAAGUCAAAUGGCCAACAGGGAAGAGGCGACCGAAAGAAGAGGAACCGAAAGAAGAAGUUGUUCUCAAACCUAUUCCGAAACCGAAAGCGCCUGAGGAAGAAAAACCAGCAGAAGUCCAGUUAAAGCCUGUGAAGAAACAAAAAUCUGUGGAAGAGACUCAACCUGAAGAAGUCAAAUGGCCAACAGGGAAGAGGCGACCAAAAGAAGAGGAACCAAAGGAAGAAGUUGUUCUUAAACCUAUUCCGAAACCGAAAGCGCCUGAGGAAGAAAAGCCAGCAGAAGUCCAGUUAAAGCCUGUGAAGAAACAAAAAGCUGUGGAAGAGACUCAACCUGAAGAAGUCAAAUGGCCAACAGGGAAGAGGCGACCAAAAGAAGAGGAACCAAAGGAAGAAGUUGUUCUUAAACCUAUUCCGAAACCGAAAGCACCUGAGGAAGAAAAACCAGCAGAAGUCCAGUUAAAGCCUGUGAAGAAACAAAAACCUAUUGAAGACACUCAACCUGAAGAAGUCAAAUGGCCAACAGGGAAGAGGCGACCUAAAGAAGAGGAACCGAAAGAAGAAGUUGUUCUCAAACCUAUUCCGAAACCAAAAGCGCCUGAAGAAGAAAAACCAGGAGAAAUUCAGUUAAAGCCUGUGAAGAAACAAAAAUCUGUGGAAGAAACUCAACCUGAAGAAGUCAAAUGGCCAACAGGUAAAAGGCGACCAAAAGAAGAGGAACCGAAAGAAGAAGUUGUUCUUAAACCUAUUCCUAAGCCCAAAAUACCUGAAGAGAAAAAACCAGAAGAAGUUGCUCUUAAACCUGUUGUUAAAUCCAAGGAAUUAGAAGAAGAGAAAUCGCAAGAAGUUAUCUUAGAAACUGUUAAGGUUAAAGAAGACAAAGUAGAUAAAAUUAAGAAAAAGACUAAAAAACAAAAGUCUUUGGAGGAAGAAGUGAUUGACGAAAUUUCUAUUGAUCAGCAAGUAACAAAAGAACCCAAAGUCGAAGAAAAUGAAGAAAUAACAACUAUAGUGACCAAACACAAGAAACAAGUUAAGAAAACAGUGAAGAAAGAACACCAAAAAGAAGUUGGACCUAUCAUUAUUGAACCAAUAAUGGCAAAAACAGUAACAGAAAACAGUGAAUUUGAAAUUGUCGUCACAUUUGAUGCAGCAGGUGAUAAUAAAAUUAAAUGGUAUCGUAAUAAUCAACUACUUGAGACAAGUGAUGAUUGUCGUAUAGUAACUGAAAAUGGAAUAUCUCGUUUAAAAAUAAAUAAUGCAGAUAAGAAAAAAGUGGGAAAAUAUGAGGUGGUCGUUGAAAGAAAUAAUAUGAUUGCUAAAUCUGCAAGUACUGUUAAAUUGCAAAAACUUACAGAUGAUAGCCAAAUAACGCCACCUGUAUUUAUAAGACCGCUUCGUCCUAAAGAAGUUUAUUUAGGGGAUAUAGUAUUGUUGGAAACAGAGGUAAUUUCUAGUCCAAGCGCCUCGUUUCAAUGGUUUAUAGAUACAAAAGAAGUGGCAUCGUAUGCUAAAGAAAAUAAAUUAAAUAAUAUUUAUGUUACAACAAAAGAUAAUAUAUCUUGUCUUUGUAUUGAAGAUAUUAGUGAGGAAUUAAUUGGAAUUAUUACUUGUCGAGCGGAAAAUUUUGCUGGAUCUGUUUCAAGUUCGGCUUCACUUUUACUAUCAAAACAUGAAAAAGAACUGUAUGGGGAAGCACCAACCGUCAUUAAAUCUUUAUCCCCAAUUACGGUAAUGGAUGGAGAGCCUAUAAUGUUAACAUGUGAAGUAAUAGGACAACCUUGGCCAAAAAUUUAUUGGUACCAGAAUGGACAAUUAAUCCAGAAAGCAAGAGACAUUACAAUAGCAAGACAAGCAUCAGGAUUAUGCGAACUGUAUAUAAAAGAGGCCUUUCCGGAAAUGUCAGGGAAAUAUACUUGCAUAGCCACGAACGAAUUUGGCAGUUGUAACAGCGAAUGUAUAGUAAAUGUUGAAGCAUAUGAAUACGUACCGAGUGCUUCAGAAGAAGAUAUAUUAAGCGAUGAGAGAACAAGUGACAUAGAAGAAUUUGCGCCAAGAAUUGUAAAAGCACUGCCAACUGUAGUAACUACUAACGAAGGCGAACUGACAAGAUUGGAAGCCAAAGCUAUAGGCGUUCCGAAACCUCAAAUCCGAUGGUUAAAACAAGGAGUAGAGAUUGUACAGUCUCAAGAAUACCAGAUAGAGGAAAUGGAGGACGGUACAUCAAUUUUGAUUAUACCUGAAGUUUACCAAGACGACACAGGAGAAAUAAUAUUUGAAGCUUUCAAUCCACUAGGUGUUACAGCUACAAUUGCAGCCUUGUCUGUAGAAAGUAUCAUUGGUACAAAGGAAUACCGAAAACCAGAAUGGGUCACUCACAUGGAAGAAUUACAGGCUGCUUUAAAAGCGACACAAUCCGUUCCUACAUUUGUAAAGGAUAUAAUGGGUGAACGUGUUCACGAAGAAGAGACCGUUGUAUUUGAAGCUGUUUAUAGCGGCAAUCCAACUCCAGAAAUAUUGUGGUAUAAAGAUGAUAAAGUUAUUAGAACUGAUGAGCGUUACGUGAUUGAAAACAAAGAUAAUCGAACAACAUGUACUGUAAGAAAAGCCUCCAAACAGUUAGAAGGAACUUAUACAUGUAAAGCUGUUAGUGAAAUCGGCAUGGCAUUAACUAAGGCUAAAUUGCAAGUAUUUGACGAAGGAGAAAAAAUAAAGAAAGUAAAAGAAGUGAAAGAAAAAGUAAAAUCUGAAAAAGUAAAGAAAACUGAAAAAGAGAUAGUUAAAAAAGAAAAAGCAAAGCAAGUAACUGAAGAUGUAUAUGAAUCAGCAACAGUAAUAGAAGAAGUACAACCAAUCGUUGAACCAGUACCAAUAAAAGAAAUCGAUAAAGAAAAAGCAGAAGUUAUAGUAAGUGAAGCAGAACAUGUUGAAACUACUGACGUUGCAUCUUACAAGAAGGUAGACAAAAAGGAAAAAGCAAAACCUAAACCAGAAAAAGGAGAACCAGUUAUAACUCCACACGACUAUUUAGUAUCUUCACAACAACAGAAAGAAGAAACUGCUGAACCGUUUGAAGACACACCACAUGAGAAACAAAAGGGUAUAAUAAAAAUGGUUGAAAAAGAUACAAGAGCUGUAGCUGAAAUAAAUGAAUUGUUGGAGGUUAUUAACGCAAAAGAGUUUGGUCCUGGAGAAUCUCCACUUCGAGAAUUAGCUAAAAUUGGAUAUAUGUUAAGAAAUGGUUUAACAACAGAAGAAAUCGAAAGUCUGUAUGAUUCACAAUAUUUUCCAUCUUUACGUGUACCACAAUCACAGUCAGCUUUAGUCCAAUUAGUAGAGCGUCAAGGACACGGUGCACUUAUUACAGAAGUACUUACGGAGGAAACUGCUCAAGAUGAAGACAUUAUUGCCGCAAAAGUUGGAUUCCGUGCAUUUUUAAAGAUGGUAGAAAUGAAACAUACUUCGGUUGAAGAAGUUAUUGCUCAUUUCUACCCAGAAGACUUCAAGCCACGGUCCUGGGAACAAAGAGAAGCACAUCAGACUAUUGUGGAAUCAUCAGCUGAGCAUUUAGCAGAGACACAUAUUACAGAAGUAAUAAAAGAUACAUCGACGGUUAUACAAGAACGCCAAAUUAAAGAUGUGAAAGAAAAAGAUAAGGCCAAACGAAAAAAGCAAUUGAAGCAGAAAAGUGAAUCGGAAGUGAGUGAAGUUGAAGAAGAAAUUGUAACAGAGAAGACUGCAAAAUUAAAAACACUACAUCCUAAAGAAAAAGUUGAAAUCUACGACGAAGAUGAAACUAGAUCAUUAGACAGCGAAAAUAUACCUUAUAUCUCUACAAUGGCUACAGAUAUUCAUGAGAAUAAAAUAGAAAUUAUACCCGCAAGUCAAGUGACACAUAUUGUAUCCGGUAAAAUAGAAGAUGUAACUGCAAAUCUUAAAGUUGAUUCAAAUUAUUCACUUAUUAGUGAUAUACAACAAACUCAAGAAAAAGAAAUGCCUUUACAUGUAAAAGAAAAUACUAAGAUACAUAUAAAGCCAUCAAUGUCAGAAAUAGAACCUUUACUAAUAACUGAAAUAGAAGUUAGUGGAUCAGUAGACGAAUAUCAUACAAGUAAAUCAAAAUUAGAAAAUAAAGCUAAUAAAGGUAUUAUUCCUGUAGAAAGUCUUGUAACUUCAGAAAUUCUAACAAAUGUUUCAGUUAGUGAUUUUAAAAGAGAAGAAAAGCAUUUAGAAAAUGCAAAAACAGCUAUGAUAUUAAAAGAUGCGCUUAAUAUAUCAGAACAUAUAACGUCUGUAAACGAGGAGCCACUAGAAGAUACACCAGUCAAAAAAUCUAGUGCAGCAGUAUCAUUUACUCCCUUAUUAGGUCUAACUGUAUCAGAAGUAAUGGACGAAAUCAAAGAAAGUGAAAUAGAUUCAAGUGGAAAGGAAAAAGAAGCAACGUCAAAACUGAACUUUAAUUUACUUGAAUCUAUACAAGUGGGGGAAGUUUUUGUUGAAGAUAAAUCCGGAAAGUAUUAUCCUGAAUUGAUUGUACCUACUGAAACAGCUAGAAAAGAUGUACUCGUUUCUAAUCAAAUAGUUACAGAAGUUCACGAUGUUCAAGAAAAAGAAGGCUCAUUGUCAGCAUUAAAGCUACCACCGACUCAGGAAGCAAAUAUAGAUAUUACAUCUAAAGAUAGCAUAGUGGUAUCUAUUAAAGAGACUCAUGAAAAAGAAGAAGAACUACCAGUUGCAGAAUUGCCUACUGAACUUACUGUUGGAAAAGAUCUCACCUUACAUACUAGUUUAAGCAAUUCUAUAACAACAUCUCAUAUAAAAGAAUCUGAAUUUAUUCCUGAAUCAUUUUCUAGCAAAAAAGCUUCUAUCGGAGUUAAUGAACUUCAACACACCUUUAACUUGGAAACAAAUACACAUGAUUCAGAAAUAAUAUUUGAAGAAGGCAAAUCCGCACCUCGUUCCCAAGCAGAAGUAUCGAUAUCUGUAUUAGAUAAACAUAUUACUGAAGUAGUUCAAGUCAAUGAACGAGAAAAAGACCUUGUUGUUAAAGAUGAUAAAACAACAGCUACAGCUGAUAUUGAUAUAAAAGCUAUUGAACCUAUUAUAACAGCGGAAACAUUACAUUUGACAUCUACAGGCGAACUUAAAUCUAUAGAAAAAGUGACCGACGAAUCUGCUACAGAAACUGUAAUUACAACUAGUGCCAAAAUAAUUACCUCUCACAUGGUACAUGAUCAAGAAAUAUCGGGAGAGUACUCAACUAGAAAGCCAGAAAAUAUAACCGCUUCGUUAAUUCCCAAUAUCCCAUUAACGAUAUCAGAAACAGAAUCAUCAGAGUCAGAAAAUAAACUUAGUUUAAAUAAAAUACCCGAUUUGACUUGUGCUAAGCCAUCACCAACGCAUCAUCUUAAAACUCCUAUAUCACAAGAAGUUAAUACAGCUGAUCAGAUAGACUUUAUAAAUGUACUACAAAAUGUAACAGAAGUAGCAUCAGAACAACAAGACCUUCAUAAAGAAAUAACUAUUCUUCAAACAAACGUAGAAGAACAAUUACAAAAAUUAGACGAGAAGCAGACUUCCGAAAGUAAAGCUACAUCAACAUUUAUUGGAAAGGAAAGUUUGAACGUAACUGAAGUAAUAUCUAGCAUCACUGAAGAAAGUUUUGAAGGAGAUAAGCCAAAGCUUAGUACUCAUGCUAAGCUCGAUAUUGAUAUGGAUCACAAAGUUGCUUUAGUUUCUGAAGUAAAUACUAGGGAUGCUUUAAAUAAAUUAGAUAUUUUAAAACCAAAUUUAGAAGCAGCUAAUAUUACAUCUAAUACCAUGACUUCAGUUCAAAUUUCCGAAAAUAAGAUAUUAGAUAGUCAAGCAUUUUUACCUAGUGAUUUACAGCCAGAUUUGAAAUCUGUAAAACCAGAAAUUAUUCCAUCACAAGAAACAUUGAAUGUUACAGAAAUUAUACAACAUGAAAAAGAGUCAGAUUAUGAUGCGAAGAUAUCUUCAGAAUCUUUCCAGGCUACAACAGAUAUUAUUGGUCGUCCUGUUGCAAUUUCAGCUGAAUUAAUAAUAGAUUCUAGUGUUGGAGUUGCGGAAAAAGAAGACUUUGUUAGUAAAUCUAAAAAAGCAGUAGUGGAAAAUGUGGCACACAAGGAACUCAUUGUUAGUACUACAGAAUAUAAUGAAAAAGAAACGAUAUUAGAAUCUGCUAUCAAACCAAGUACUGUUGCAGCAUCAUUUAGUGUUGAUUCUGCUCAAGCUAUCAUUAUAGAAGAAAAUAAACCUGAAAUGUCUGCUCCAUCAUUUAAAACUCAAAGUGAUUUAUUAUUGGCUAAAGCAAAAGAGUCUACUUCAAUCAAAGAGGCAUUUACUCAGGAAGAAACAAUUGUUCACGCAUCCGAAGGCGUACUCCCUGAAAAACAAACAAUUAGUAGUACAAAACCUACAGUAUCAUUAACAACAUUACAAGCUCCACAAUAUGAUGAAAAAAUCACAAUAGAAAGUGAAAAUGUACUUCUUGUACCACAAGCACCAGAUCAACAAAAUGCUGACUUUACAAUAUUACCUCGGCAUGGCUUGCAAACAACAGAAACUAUAUCACAGUCAGAAAACCUGGAAAGUACUGAUCAACUUGAAAUGCGGUAUAAAAUAGCUUCUCAAAAAAUUGAUGAAAUUUAUGGCAAAACAGCUCACACUGAAGAAGUAAUUGCCAGUCAAAUAACUUCUGAAUUCAAUAACGAGAAAAUAGUUGAACAAAAAUCUAAUAUUGUAUCAAUUACAUCCCAUACUUUUGAACAAACCGAAAUUGUGGCUGCAGAAAAAGAAACAGUCAUUCCUGAACAAACACAAAUAAAAUCAAAUGUAGUUCCCGAUUUUACAGAAACGCAAGCUAUUAUUACAAGCUGCGUAGAAACUAUUGACAAAGAAAAAAAAUUUGAAGGUAAAUUCUCUUUACCCACUCAUGAUGUUUCUGUACAAUUUGUACCACUUAACAGUACCAUUGACACCGAAAUUUUGACUGCUGGUAGUGUUAGUGAUUAUAAAGAAAAAUCUUUAAAACCAUCACAAGCAAUACUAACACGUGAUGACUUGCAGAAACAUAUACAAAAUACUGAAGUAUUACAUGGUGAAAAAGAAUCUCUCUUAUCUGAAUUUAAAAAAGAAGUUUAUUCUGCUUCCCAAAAAUUGGUAGAAACAUCUGCAAAAGAAAUUGUUGAAGUUCAGGUAAUAGAAAAUGAAAAAGAAUUAAGUGACACCUUUGAAAUAAUGAGCUCAGUAGCUCAUCCGUCAUUUAAAGAACAACAGUCAUUACUAAAUACAGAAAUUAUAUUAACUCAUGAAAUUGAAGACCUACAUGUAUCUGGAACGAAUUUAAUCAAUGCUCUUACAACUCAUGGAAUACAAGAAGCUAUUCAAAAAUCAGAACCUUUCAUUGGAGAAGUAGAAGAUACUUUCGCUAGAGAAGUACCUCAAGAAAAAACGACAAAGGGUAAUGUAGAAGAACAAAAGUCACUUGAUGUUACGGAAAUUAUCAUUACAGAAUCUGAAUUACCUUUAGAAAAACAAUUGGCUUUGAAAAAAGAGACAUUAAAAUCUCAAAUUGAAAACAAACACUAUAUUGAUAUAUCUGAGAUAACACCAAAUGAGAAAGAAGAGGUAUUUCAGCCUUUAGAUAGAAUACCAGAAGGUAAGUCCAUACAACCAACGCCCAACAUUACAUUACAUUCUAGUAUUGGUGUAAAGGAGAUCGUUCCAAAUGAAGAAGAAAGUACAUUAUCUGUCACUACUGAUAUCAAAUCUCAACAAGCCAGUUUUCUGAUUGAUUCUCAACAACACAUUACAGUAACUGACACAAUAGCAAGAGAAAAAGAAGAAUUAUUGAAAUCUGAGAAUAUACCAAUUACUUCAAAUCAGCAUGUUGACAUAAAAACAGCUCAUCAUAUAACCACUAGUGAAACUGUUUUGAUUGAAGAUGGUUCAGAUUUAGUAGAUAAUAGAGUAAUAAGAGACGAAAGAGCUCAAAAAUCAGAAAUUCUAACCGAAGCUAUUCAUAAUGAACAACAACAAAUUAUUGAAAGUGUAAACUCAUUUAGUACCACAUUCAAACCUGAAACAUCACUAGCUAGUCAAAAUAUUGUUGACUUUAAGCCAGUUGAACAAACUGAAAUUAUAACAGAAGAAAAUCCCGAACUAUUUACAAAAUUCUCACCCAAAGAUGAAAAGGCAUUGCAAACACAAACAACUGUUAAAGAAAUAGUUAACAUUCAGCCACAAGUGAUAGAAAGUACUACAAAGUUAGCAACUACUUUUGAACUCGAAACAUCAUUAGCUUCUCAAGAUAUUGUUGACUUUAAACCUGUUGAACAAACAGAAAUUAUUACAGAAGAAACUCCUGAAUUAUUUACAAAAUUCACACCUAAAAAUGAAAAGGCAUUGCAAACACAUACAACUGUUAAAGAAAUAGUUAAUACCCAACCACAAGUGAUAGAAAGUACAACAAAAUUGACAACUAGUUAUGAGCCUGAAACAUCAUUAGCUAGUCAAGAUAUUGUUGACUUUAAACCUGUGGAACAAACUGAAAUUAUUACAGAAGAAAACCCUGAACUAUUUACAAAAUUCUCACCCAAAGAUGAAAAAGCAUUGCAAACACAAACAACUGUUAAAGAAAUAAUUAACAUUCAACCACAAGUAAUAGAAAGCACUACCAAGUUAACAACUACUUUUGAACUCGAAACAUCAUUAGCUUCUCAAGAUAUUGUUGACUUUAAGCCUGUUGAGCAAACAGAAAUUAUUACAGAAGAAAAUCCUGAAAUAUUUACAAAAUUCACACCUAAAAAUGAAAAAGCAUUGCAAACACAUACAACUGUAAAAGAAAUAGUUAACACCCAGCCACAAGUGAUAGAAAGUACUUCAAAGUUAGCUACUGCUCAUGAACCUGAAACAUCAAUAGCUAGUCAAGAUAUUGUUGAUUAUAAACCUGUCGAACAAACUGAAAUUAUUACUGAGGAAAAUCCUGAACUAUUUACAAAAUUCUCACCCAAAGAUGAAAAAGCAUUGGAAACACAUACAACAAUAAAAGAAAUAGUUAACACCCAGCCACAAGUGAUAGAAAGCACUACAAAGUUGACUACAACUUAUGAACUCGAAACAUCACUAGCUUCUCAAGAUAUUGUUGAUUUUAAACCAGUUGAACAAACAGAAAUUAUUACAGAAGAAAGCCCAGAACUAUUCACAAAAUUCUUACCCAAAGAUGAAAAAGCAUUACAGACACAAACAACAGUUAAAGAAAUAAUUAAUAUUCAACCACAUGUGAUAGAAAGUACUACAAAAUUGACAACUAGUUAUGAGCUUGAAACAUCACUAGCUUCUCAAGAUAUUGUGGACUUUAAACCUGUUGAACAGACUGAAAUUAUUACAGAAGAAAACCCUGAACUAUUUACAAAAUUCUCACCUAAAGAUGAAAAAGCAUUGCAAACUCAUACAACUGUUAAAGAAAUAGUUAACACUCAACCACAAGUGAUAGAAAGUACAACAAAACUGACAACUACCUAUGAACCUGAAACAUCAUUAGCUAGUCAAGAUAUUGUUGACUUUAAACCUGUUGAACAAAUUGAAAUUAUUACUGAAGAAAAUCCUGAACUAUUUACAAAAUUCUCACCUAAAGAUGAAAAAGCAUUGCAAACUCAUACAACUGUUAAAGAAAUAGUUAACACUCAACCACAAGUGAUAGAAAGUACAACAAAACUGACAACUACAUAUGAACCUGAAACAUCAUUAGCUAGUCAAGAUAUUGUUGACUUUAAACCUGUUGAACAAAUUGAAAUUAUUACUGAAGAAAGUCCAGAACUAUUUACAAAAUUCUCACCCAAAGAUGAAAAAGCUUUGCAAACACAUACAACUGUUAAAGAAAUAGUUAACACUCAACCACAAGUGAUAGAGAGUACUACAAAAUUAACGACUACAUAUGAGCCUGAAACCAGUGAAAUAAAUUAUGAAUUGGAAUUGCAUAAAAGUUAUACUACCCUAGAAAAUACUAUACAAGAAGAAUCUGAUAUGAUAAUAAGUCAAGAAACUCAACACAAAACAGCCGAAAAACAAAUUAUCGAAAUUAGACCUUUACAACAAACUGAAGUAAUAACAGGAGAAAAACUUGUCACAUUCUCUGAAAAUGUACCUGAAAGAAAAGAAAAAGCCGAAGAAAGUCACAUAAUAUUGCAAGAAAUAUCAAGUGAAAAACCAGAAGUACUUGAAAAUAUUACAGAUAUUCCAGAGUUAUCAAAAACUGAUACAAAUAUGGCAUCUUUAGACCUUGAGACACACAAAAGUUACAUAGUUACAGAAAACAUAACGCAUGAGGAAUCAAAGGACAUCGCAAUAGAAGGUAAUAAAAUAAGACAAGUCACACAACAGGUUCUAGAUAUUAAGCCACUAGAACAGACUGAAAUUGUUGCUGAAGAAAACACUUCACAUAUUAAUGCACUCUCAUUUAAAGAGUCUACUAUUCUCGCUAAACCUAUUGAAAUUCUUCCCAUUAGUCAAACAGAUGUUAUUGUACAUGAAAGUGAAAUCGAAACAUCAUUUGAAAAAGGAGGUAUUUUGGAACAAGCAUUUUCAUCAUUCAAUACUACUGAAGGUAUAACAGUGUAUGAAGUAACACAUGAAGAUACACAGGACAAACUUGUACCACAUGAGAGCAAACUAGCAACUGCAGAUAAAUCCGUUACUCCAUUGACACAUCUACAAUGCACAGAAAAUAUAUUACAAACUCAAGCUGAUGAAUUGCAAACACAAGAGACACAAACUAAGACCUCAACAAUAACACCUACCAGUAUAUUACCUUUAGUAGUCACAGACAAUGUUAUUCUUCAACAUGAAAAAGAGUUACAUAUAAAAGAACCAAAGGAACAAAAACUGAAAGAAGGUGUUACUGUGGCAAAUGAACUUAAAGUUUCAACCGAGUUUAUUGAUGAACAAAUAUCACCUUACUCAGAAACUCAACCGACAUUAUUGACUAGCAAGAUUACUACUACUGAUGAAAGACACGCCGAAGCAUUGAUUUCGGAACAAGACAUACGUAUAUGUGAAAAAUCAAAAGUUACACCGGUUUCACCAAAAUCAUCUGACACUGAAGAAACUGAAGAGAUUGUAACCAAAUUUGUACAAGCUCCAGGAAGCGGAGAACCGAUACAAAUAAAAACCAAGCGCACAAUAUUAAGAAAAAUUAAAAAGAAAGGUGGCAAAGACGUUGAUGAAGGUGAUAUUGUUAUUGAAGAAAGUCUCGAUGACGACGAUAAGAAACAACCGCAACAAAAAGUGCUCCACGAAGUUAAUAUUGAAGAAUACGAAGGAGAUGAGACUGUUGUCGACGAUUCAGAAAAAAGUACAAUCGAGAUGCCUGAAGAACAUUUGCCAAUACCAAAACUACCAUCUCAAGUUCAAAUAGAAGAAAUGACAGAAGAAGAUGAAAUACCUGCAGUGAAAAUUAUAGAGCUACCUGAAGAAACUGUUGUAGAAGAGUAUAAGACACCAGAAGGGACAAAGAAAAAGAAAAUCACCAAACGUGUAAUCAAAAAGAAAGUGGGUUCCAAAGUAGAAACUACAGAAAUAGCCACGGAAGAAGAAGAUAACAAAGAGCCGAUUGUCUCUGUAAGUAAGACAGAAGAAGUAGUAGAUGAGACACUCGACGACUUUGCAGUCACAUAUAAACCUGAAGUAGCACAAAUCAUUGAAGAAUCUCCCGAACAGGUGGAGAUUAUUCGAGUUCGCACAGAAACUGGUAAAACAAAAGAUAUAAAAACGUCGAAAAGAAUUAUUAAAAAGAAAAAAGGCGACGCGAAUGAAAUUACGGAAAUAACAACAAUUCAAGAAGAUGGAGAAGCACCGGUUACAACAGUGACAAUAAAAGAAUCAGUGCCUGAAACGGUAGAAGUCACAGAAACAGAAGAAGUAAUAGAAUUGCCUGAAGAAAUAGUAGUAGAGGAAAAGAAAGGACCAGAUGGAAGUACAAAACAAAAGAAAACCAUAAAGAGGAUAAUUAAAAAGAAGAAAGGACCAAAAAUAGAAACCACGGAGAUAACAACUGAGCAAGAAGACGAUAAGCAACCAGUAGUUUAUGUACAUAAGACUGAAGAAAUAUCUGAUGACUCAACUACGGACUUCAUUCUUAAAUAUGAACCAGAAAAAGCGCAAGUUAUAGAAGAGCAGCCAGAGAAAAUUGAAAUAACUCAAGUUAAAACAGAGAGUGGCGAUGUGAAAAAGAUUAAAACUUCUAAAAGAACUAUAAAAAAGAAAAAAGAUGGCAAAGAAGAAAUUACUGAAAUAACGACCGUAGAGAAGGAUGAUCAAGCACCGAUAUCAAUAGUGACAGUAUCUGAAAAACCAGUAGAAGAGCCAUUGGUAUCUGAGGAUGUGGAAGAAGUCACUCGCAAACAUAAAAAGACUAUUAAGCGUGUGAAAAAAAUUAAAGCAGAUCAAAAUAUCGAAACAGCAGAUAUUAUAACAGAACCAUAUAAUGAAGAAACAACACCUGAAUUUACAGUUAAACAUACAUCUGAUAAAGCGGAUAUCAUAAAUGAUGUUCCAGAAAAAAUAGAAAUUUCUGAACUACCAGUUGAAAUAAUAACUGAAGAGGAGACACCUGAAACUAAAACAAAAAGGGUAAAAAUUGUAAAACGUACUGUUAAAAAGAAGAAAUCGAUUGACACUACAGACACUACAGAAGAUCAUGAAAAACAACCUACGAUUGCUGAAAUUGAUGAAGUGAAAGAUGAACCAAUUAAAGAAUUUACAGAAGUAUUAAAGUUGGAAGAGGUUCAACCUUCUAAAGUAAUCGAAUUGCCAGAAGAAGUUGAAAUUCAAGAAACUAAGACACCUGAAGGUAAAAUAAAGCAAAAGAAAAUUAUCAAACGUAUCAUUAAAAAGAAAAUAGGUCCAAAAACAGAAACAACAGAAAUUACAACUGAACAAGAUGACGAUAGUCAACCUGUUGUUUCAGUUCACAAAACAGAAGAAUACACAGACAGUACUAUUGAGGAAUUUAAUGAUACAUAUGAACCUCAAAAAGCAUUACUAGUAGAAGAAAUACCCGAAACAGUAAAAGUAUCACAAGUUAGAACAGAAACAGGUGAUGUUAAGACAGUAAAAACUACAAAGCGAGUUAUAAAGUCGAAAAAAGGACCAAAGAAAGAGGUGACAGAGAUAGUUACUAUAGAAAAAGAAGGCGAAAGUCCAAUAACGACGGUGAAUGUAAUUAAAGAAGAAAUUCCUGAAGAGAAAGAAGAAAAACUAGUAGAAGUUGUGGAAUUACCUGAAGAAAUAGCGGUUGUGGAAACUAAAACGCCAGAAGGCAAACUUGAAAAGAAAAAAGUUACAAAACGCGUAAUAAAAAGGAAGGUAGGUCCUAAAGUGGAAACAACAGAAAUUGUUACUGAACAACAAGAAAAUGAAGAGCCAGUUAUUUCUGUUAGUACUACAGAUGAAAUUGUAGAUGAAGAAUCUACACCGUUCACAAUAUUACAAACAGUAGCUACGGCAAAAACUAUAGAAGAGAUUCCAGAAACAGUUCAAGUUACACAAGUGCGUACAGAAAAGGGUGAUGUUAAAUCUGUUAAAACUACCAAAAGGGUAAUAAAAAAGAAAAAAGGACCAAAACAGGAAAUAACUGAGAUAACAACCAUAGAAAAACAAGAUGAGGCACCUAUCACAACUGUCACUGUGAUAGAAAAAGAUGAUAUACCUACAGAGGAAACGAAACCAAUAGAAAUGAUUGAGCUACCUGAAGAGACUUACGUUGAAGAGAUGAAAACUCCAGAUGGAAAAACUAAACAAAAGAAGAUAAUCAAACGCACUAUCAAAAAGAAAAUCGGUCCUAAAGUAGAAACAACUCAAAUUAUUUCUGAGCAAGAAGAUGAUACAAAGGAACCUUCUAUUUUUGUGCAUAAAACGGAAGAAACAUUAGAUGAUGUUACUAUACCACUAACCAUUACUCCAUAUGACAGUGAUAAAGCUAGAAUUGUGGAAGAAAUACCUGAAGAAGUCAGUGUUACACAAGUACGUACGGAAACAGGUGAAACUAAAUCUGUUAAAACUAUAAAACGAGUUAUUAAAAAGAAAAAAGGUCCUAAAGAAGAAGUAACUACCAUAACCACUGUUGAAAAGCAGGGAGAAACUCCUGUUACAACUGUCACAGUUAGUGAUAAAGAAGAUGUAGUUCCAAAAGUUGCUGUACCACUUGAGACAGUUGAGCUUCCGGAAGAAACAACUGUCGAAGAAUUUACAACUCCAGAAGGCACAACCAAGCUUAAAAAAGUUAUAAAGCGCACUAUAAAGAAAAAAGUAGGCCCUAAAGUAGAAACAACUCGAAUUGUCACAGAACAAGAAGAUGAAAGUCAAGAACCAAUAAUAUCUGUGCACAAAAGUGAAGAAAUUUUAGAAGAUUUUACCGUACCAUUAGAGCAGAUAUUAGAUGAACCUCAUAAAGCUGAUAUAGUUGAAGAAGUUCCCGAAGAUGUGAAAGUUACACAAGUAAGAACACAAUCCGGUGAAAAGAAAUCAGUAAAAACUACAAAACGAGUUAUCAAAAAGAAGAAAGGACCAAAAGAAGAAGUUACAGAAAUAGUCACUGUUGAAGCAGAAGGAGAAUUACCUAUUACUACUGUAAGUGUAGUCGAGAAAGACCACAUUCCUCAAGAAAAAGUAAUGCCGAUAGAGACUGUCGAACUACCUGAAGAGACUUUUAUUGAAGAAACUGUAACGCCAGAAGGUAUUACUAAAAAGAAAAAAAUAAUGAAACGUAUAAUAAAAAAGAAAGUUGGACCCAAAGUAGAAACAACAGAAAUCAUAACAGAACAAGGUGACAGUAAAGAACCUAUUAUCUCUGUACAUAAGACAGAAGAAAUAUUAGAAGAUGUCACCUCUCCUCUAGUCCAAAUGAUUCCUGAAUCUGACUCUGCUAGAAUUAUUGAAGAAAUUCCAGAGGACGUUAAAGUUACCCAAAUACGUACAGAAACAGGAGAAACUAAAUCUAUUAAAACCACAAAACGAGUCAUUAAAAAGAAAAAAGGACCCAAAAAGGAAGAGGUAACUGAAAUUACUACAGUUGAAGCCGAAGGAGACACACCUAUUACAACAGUAACGGUUACUGAAGAAGAAAUACCAAGUGAUGAAACACAUGAAGAUAUUAUUGAGGUCCCUGAAGAACCUAUUACUGAAGAAUCUAAAUCACCAGAAGGUAAGUCUAUCAAGAAAAAAGUUACAAAACGUGUUAUUAAAAAGAAAACAGAGCCCAAAACUGAAACAUCACAAAUAACUAUCGAAGAAGACUAUAAACAACAACCUAUUUCAACACACACAACAGAAGACAUUAUUGACGAUACCACUACACCACUUAUUACUUCACAUGAACCAAUAAAAGCAAAAAUUGUUGAAGAAACGCCAGAAAAAUAUAAUAUUACUGCAACAUUAACACACAUAGACGAAAUUAAAUCAGACAAGACCACUAAAAAGGUAAUUAAAAAGAAAAAAGACCGCAAGAUCGAAGAAGAAACUAUUGCACAUCUAGAUAGUCAACCAAUUGAAAUAAUAGAACUACCUGAAGAAACAACUGUGGAAGAAACUGAAACACCUGAAGGUUUUGUAACGAAAAAGAAAAUAACUAAACGUGUAAUUAAGAAAAAGAAGGGCCCCAAAUUAGAAACAACAGAAAUAGUUAGCGAACACGUAGAUAAUAAAGAACCAAUAGUAUCUGUACAUACUACAGAAGAUAUCAUAGAAGAUACUGUUUCACUAUUUACAGAUACCGUACAAACACCAGAAAAAGCUGUACUGAUAGAGGAAAUUCCCGAGAAAGUAGAAAUAACACAAGUUCGUACAGAAUCUGGUGAAAUUAAAUCAGUUAAGAAAACAAAACGAGUUAUUAUGAAAAAAAAAGGACCUAAAAAAGAAGUUACAGAAAUUACUACCAUAGAAAAAGAUGGUGAAUCACCAAUAACAACAGUAAAUGUUAUUCCGCAAGAAAUACUCGAAGAGGACAAAGUUUUAGAAACAAUUGAAGCGGUAGAGUUGCCUGAAGAAACUACUGUCGAAGCAAUAGAAUCCACAGAUGGUAAACCAAAAUUCAAAAAAGUUACAAAACGUAUUAUUAAAAAGAAGAAAGGACCUAAAAUUGAAACAACUGAAAUUACUACGGAAGAAGAAGAUAAUAAACAGCCCGUAGUCUCAAUUCACACUGUGGAAGAAGUAGUGGAUGAGACCAGUCUACCGUUUACAGAGAAAAAUCAAGCACCAGAUACUGUUACAGUUAUUGAAGAAAUCCCUGAAAAAGUAGAAAUUACACAAGUACGAACAGAAUCUGGUGAAGUUAAAUCAGUGAAGACUGUAAAAAGGGUAAUUAAAAAGAAAAAAGGUCCAAGCAAGGAAAUUACUGAAAUUACAAGAAUAGAAACGGAAGGUGAAACUCCAUUUACUACUAUCACGGUUAGUGAAGAAAAAGUUCCAGAAGAAGAUGACUUGAUUGUAAAUGAAACCACUGAAAUACCUGAAGAAAAAUCUGUUGAAGAUUUUCAGGAUGGUAAGCUUAAUGAAAAGAAAAUUGUUAAACGUAAAAAGAAAGUAGGGUCUAAAACUAAACCAAUACAAAUAACUACUGAAGAACAAGACAAUAAACAAUAUACAAUAUCAGUACACACUACCGAAGAAAUCAGUGAUGACACCACUACACCACUCGAACAUACAUUACGUCCACAAGACACAGCUAAUAUACUAGAUGAAACAUCUGAAAAAGUAAAAGUCACUCAAAUUCAUACAAAAAUUAGUGAAGAUACGCCUAUUAUCGAUACAGAGCGCGUUACAAAGAAGAUUAAAAAACCCAAGAAAAAGACCGUUGAAUAUGACGACGUUUUUGAGGAAAUUACACCUAAAAACGAAGAAGAUAGAAUCAAAUCACCUGAAUUUAUUGUAGAAGAAAUUGAAACUCCUCAUGAAAUAUCAAAAGUUACACCGGUUUCACCAAAAUCAUCUGACACUGAAGAAACUGAAGAGAUUGUAACCAAAUUUGUACAAGCUCCAGGAAGCGGAGAACCGAUACAAAUAAAAACCAAGCGCACAAUAUUAAGAAAAAUUAAAAAGAAAGGUGGCAAAGACGUUGAUGAAGGUGAUAUUGUUAUUGAAGAAAGUCUCGAUGACGACGAUAAGAAACAACCGCAACAAAAAGUACUCCACGAAGUUAAUAUUGAAGAAUACGAAGGAGAUGAGACUGUUGUCGACGAUUCAGAAAAAAGUACAAUCGAGAUGCCUGAAGAACAUUUGCCAAUACCAAAACUACCAUCUCAAGUUCAAAUAGAAGAAAUGACAGAAGAAGAUGAAAUACCUGCAGUGAAAAUUAUAGAGCUACCUGAAGAAACUGUUGUAGAAGAGUAUAAGACACCAGAAGGGACAAAGAAAAAGAAAAUCACCAAACGUGUAAUCAAAAAGAAAGUGGGUUCCAAAGUAGAAACUACAGAAAUAGCCACGGAAGAAGAAGAUAACAAAGAGCCGAUUGUCUCUGUAAGUAAGACAGAAGAAGUAGUAGAUGAGACACUCGACGACUUUGCAGUCACAUAUAAACCUGAAGUAGCACAAAUCAUUGAAGAAUCUCCAGAACAGGUUGAGAUUAUUCGAGUUCGCACAGAAACUGGUAAAACAAAAGAUAUAAAAACGUCGAAAAGAAUUAUUAAAAAGAAAAAAGGCGACGCGAAUGAAAUUACGGAAAUAACAACAAUUCAAGAAGAUGGAGAAGCACCGGUUACAACAGUGACAAUAAAAGAAUCAGUGCCUGAAAUGGUAGAAGUCACAGAAACAGAAGAAGUAAUAGAAUUGCCUGAAGAAAUAGUAGUAGAGGAAAAGAAAGGACCAGAUGGAAGUACAAAACAAAAGAAAACCAUAAAGAGGAUAAUUAAAAAGAAGAAAGGACCAAAAAUAGAAACCACGGAGAUAACAACUGAGCAAGAAGACGAUAAGCAACCAGUAGUUUAUGUACAUAAGACUGAAGAAAUAUCUGAUGACUCAACUACGGACUUCGUACUUAAAUAUGAACCAGAAAAAGCGCAAGUUAUAGAAGAGCAGCCAGAGAAAAUUGAAAUAACUCAAGUUAAGACAGAGAGUGGCGAUGUGAAAAAGAUUAAAACUUCUAAAAGAACUAUAAAAAAGAAAAAAGAUGGCAAAGAAGAAAUUACUGAAAUAACGACCGUGGAGAAGGAUGAUCAGGCACCGAUAUCAAUAGUGACAGUAUCUGAAAAACCAGUAGAAGAAACAUUGGUACCCGAAGACGUAAAAGAAAUCAGUGACAAACGUAAAAAAUCGAUCAAACGGGAUAGAAAAAAGAAAGGAGAAGAAAAAUUAGCAGACACAUCAACGAUAUCAGACAUUAGUGAUAUUAUAGAAGAAGCAGUUACAAAACAGAAACCUGACAUUGAAGCAAUUACAGAUAUUUUAGAAACAGAUGUACCUGACGAAGUAAUGGCUGAGGAAAUAAUAGCACCAGAAGGUAAGUCUAGAAAAACAAAGGUAACAAAACGCACAACAAAAAAGAAAAUACAAUCGAUAGCAGAACAUACUUCAGACCAAGACGACACAACACCUAAAAUAUCUUCACUACUCGACGAGAAAACAGAUGACACUAAAAAUAUACAUACAGACAAAACAGAAUCAUUACAAAUUGAAGAAAUAAAACCAACAGAGACAAUCGAAUUACCUGAACAAAUAAUACUUCAAAUGUCAGAAACACCAGAUGGAAAAGUAAAACAAAAGAAAAUUACAAAACGUAUCAUUAAAAAGAAAGUAGGUCCAAAAACAGAGGUAACUGAAAUCACUACUGAACAAGACGAUGACAAUCAUCCAGUCAUAUCAGUACACAAAACAGAAGAAAACACAGAUGACACAUUGCAAGAUUUAAUAGAUACACAAGAACCAUUAAAGACAUUAGUUGUUGAAGAAACUCCUGAAACAGUUAAUAUAACUCAAAUAAAGACAGAGACAGGCGAUAUUAAAGAAGUAAAAACAACGAAGAGAGUAAUAAAGAAGAAAAAAGGUACUGCAAAAGAAGUAACGGAGAUAAUUACAACGGAAAAAGAAGGAGAAAGUCCAAUAACAAUUGUAAGCGUUACAGAAGAAAAACUUCCUGAAGAUACAAAAGAAGAACCAAUAAACAUUAUUGAACUGCCGGAAGAAACAAUAAUUACAGAAAUAAAAACACCAGAGGGCAAAUUUAAAACGAAGAAAAUUUCGAAACGAGUCAUUAAAAAGAAAGUCGGGCCUAAAUUGGAAACAACAGAGAUCCUCACUGAACAACAAGGAAACGAGGAACCAAUCAUUUCUGUAAGUAAGAUGGAGGAACUUGUUGAGGAAGAAACUAUACCAUUCACUAUAUCAGAAACAGUAGACUCAGCUAAAGUAUUCGAAGAGAUUCCAGAAACCGUCCAAGUUACCCAAGUGCGUACUGAAGAAGGUGACAUUAAAACCAUUAAAACAACCAGAAGAGUAAUAAAGAAGAAAAAAGGACCCAAGCAAGAAAUAACCGAGAUAACGACUAUUGAAAAAGAAGAUGAGGCCCCAAUAACAACUGUUAGUGUGACAGAAAAAGAUGACGUACCGAUAACGCCGAUAGAAACGAUUGAACUACCGGAAGAAACUUAUGUUGAAGAAACGAAAACUCCGGAGGGCAUGAUUAAACAGAAGAAGAUAACCAAGCGUACUAUCAAAAAGAAAGUCGGUCCUAAAAUCGAAACAACUCAGAUUCUCUCUGAACAAGAAGACGAAAUGAAAGAACCAAUUAUUUCUGUACAUAAAACAGAGGAAGUAUUAGAUGAUGUUACUACACCACUCGCAGUCGCACCAUAUGAUACUGACAAAGCUAGAAUAAUCGAAGAAGUACCUGAAGAGGUAAAAGUUACCCGAGUGCGUACAGAAACAGGUGAAACUAAAUCUAUAAAAACCACAAAACGAGUUAUUAAGAAAAAGAAAGGACCGAAGGAAGAAAUAACUAUUAUUACUACUGUAGAAAAAGAAGGAGACACUCCAGUCACCACUGUCACAGUCACCGAUAAAGAUGAUACACUUCCAGAAGUAAAAGCAAUGGUAGAUACCUUUGAGCUACCAGAGGAAAUAACCGUGGAAGAAUUUACAACACCUGAAGGUACUACUAAGCUUAAGAAAGUUACAAAACGAACAAUAAAGAAAAAAGUGGGUCCUAAAGUGGAAACAACAAACAUCUUCACAGAACAAGAAGACGAAACACAAGAACCAGUAAUAUCUGUUCACAAAACUGAAGAAAUCUUAGAUGAUAUAACAAAACCACUUGAGACAUUAUUGGAUCUGCCCCACGAGGUUAAAGUUGUCGAAGAAGUGCCCGAAGAAGUUCAAGUUACACAAGUAAAGACGAAAUUCGGUGAAACUAAAUCGGUGAAAACUACAAAGCGGGUAAUCAAAAAGAAAAAGGGACCCAAGGAAGAGGUUACUGAAAUUACUACUAUUGAAAAAGAUGGCGAAUCACCAAUAACUACUGUACAUGUUACGGAGAUAGAGGAUCAAAAACCAACAGAGACAAUAGAAUUGCCAGAAGAGACCUCUGUGGAAGAAUAUAAUACACCAGAAGGUGAAACUAAACAUAAGAAAGUAACUAAACGUACAAUUAAAAAGAAAAAGGGUCCUAAAAUCGAAACAACACAAAUAGUUACCGAGGAAUGCGAUGAUAAUGAGGAACCUAUCAUUUCGGUACACAAAACGGAAGAAAUUAUUGACGAUAUUACUACACCAUUCGAAAGAAUAUUAGUUGAACCUGAUAAAGCUAGAAUCGUGGAAGAAAUUCCUGAAGACGUCAAAGUUACACAAGUAAGAACAGAAACCGGUGAAACAAAGUCAGUGAAAACUACUAAACGUGUACUCAAGAAGAAGAAAGGACCAAAGGAAGAAACUACUGAAAUUACUACUAUUGAAACAGAAGGAGAAAAGCCUGUUACAACUGUAUUCGUAACUGAAAAGGAAGAUUUUCCUAGAGAAGAUACGAUUCCAACACAGAUCGUUGAAUUACCAGAGGAAAUCUCUGUUGAAGAAUACAAAACUCCGGAUGGAAUUACUAAGCAGAAGAAAGUAAUUAAGCGCACAAUUAAGAAAAAACUGGGACCUAAAGUAGAAACAACAGAAAUUGUUACUGAACAUGACGACGAGGCUAAAGAACCGACUAUUUGUGUACAUAAGACUGAAGAAAUUGUAGAGGACGCAACAGUCCCGUUAGAACAAAUGUUAAGCGAACCUGAUGAAGCCAGGAUUGUAGAGGAAGUGCCCGAGGAUGUAAAAGUUGAGCAAGUACGAACAGAAACAGGAGAGAUUAAGUCUGUAAAAACUAUUAAACGCGUAAUCAAGAAAAAGAAAGGACCAAAAGAAAUUGUAACUGAAAUUGUAACCAUCCAUGCAGACGGAGAUGUUCCAGUUACUACGGUAAGUGUAACCGAGAAAGACGAGACUCCUAAAGAGGACUCCACUCCGACAGAAAUUAUUGAACUACCAGAACAGACUGUUAUUGAAGAAUUUCAAUCUCCGGAAGGUGUGAUUAAACAAAAGAAAACUGUGAAACGUGUAAUCAAAAAGAAAGUUGGUCCUAAACUUGAAACAACGCAAAUAAUCACAGAACAUGAUGAUGAAAGUAAGGAACCAGUUAUUUCUGUACUACGCACAGAAGAUAUAUUAGAAGAUGCUGCUAUCCCACUGGAGCAAUUGGUUGAAACAUUUGACGUAGCUAAGACUAUUAAAGAUGUACCAGAAGAUCUCAAAAUUACGCAAGUGCAUCCGCUAAUAGAUCAAUCAAAGACUACCAAAACAACAAGGCGAAUUAUCAAGAAAAAGAAGGAGCCAAAGGAAAAAGUUACUGAAAUUACUGUAGCGGAAGCAGAAGAUGAUAAGCCUGUCACAAUAGAGGAUAUUACUGAAAAGGAUGAAACCCCUGAAGAAAAUAUUAAGCGAACAGAUAUAAUAGAACUCCCAGAAGAAAUCAUUAUAGAACCAUAUAUAACUCCAGAAGGUGAAACUAAGCAAAAGAAGGUGACUAAACGCACUAUUAAAAAGAAAGUAGGACCCAAACUGGAAACUACACAAAUUGUUACAGAACAAAAAGAUGGUACUGAAGCUCCCAUUGUUUCAGUACAUAAAAUAGAAGAGAUAAUCGAUGAUGCUGCUGAGCCAUUUGAAAGACUAUUAGAUGAACCAGAUUCAGCUAGAAUAAUAGACGAAGUGCCUGAAGAAGUUAAAGUCACGCAAAUCCGUACAGAAGCCGGUGAAACAAAGUCAGUGAAGACUACAAAACGUAUUAUUAAAAAGAAGAAAGGUCCUAAAGAAGAAGUUACCGAAAUUACAACACUGAAACAAGAUGGAGAAUCACCUAUUACUACGGUAUAUGUGACUGAGAAGGAUGAUACUCCAAGAGAAGAUACAAAGCCAAUAGAAUCAAUCGAGUUACCUGAAGAAACUUUUGUUGAAGAGUACAAAACUCCUGAAGGUGAUAUUAAACAAAAGAAAGUAACUAAACGUAUUAUCAAAAAGAAAAUAGGUCCUAAAAUUGAAACGACACAAAUUAUCACUCAAGAUGACGAAGAAGAAAAACAACCCAUUAUUUCGGUACAGAAAACAGAAGAAAUAAUUGAUGAGAGCAUUGAACCUUUUGAAACAAUAUUAAAUGAACUUGAUACAGCUAAAAUUGUAGAAGAAGUACCCGAAGAUGUAAAAAUUACGCACGUUCAGACUAAAUCUGGUGAAACAAAAGCCAUUAAAACAACAAAACGAGUCAUCAAAAAGAAGAAGGGUCCAAAAGAAGAAGUUACAGAAAUCACUACCAUUGAACGGGAAGGAGAAAUACCUAUAACUACAGUGAACAUUAUGGAGACUGAAAAACCGAAAGAUGAGCAUACUUCUCAAUUUGUCCCAGAAACUUCAGAAGGUAAGUUGGUAAAGAAGAAAAUUGCUAAACGCAUUCACGAACAAAUGCCGGAAAAAGAGGUCACAAAAAUUGUUUGCGAAGAACAGACAACUAAAGAGUCACUCAUACACACCACAGAAGACAUCUUCGAUGACACUACUUUGCCACUCAUCACUACACAUAAACCAACGAAAGCACAUAUCAUUGAAGAGACACCUGAUCAAGUCGAAAUAUCCAUAGUACAAAUACAUUCAGACAACACAACACCCGCCAAAGUAACUAAAAAACCACUUAAAAAAGAAGAUAAAUCUCUUGAAGAAAGUUUGCCUAAGAAAGACGAGUCAAUAAAAAUUGUUGAACUUCCAGAGGAAAUAACUAUCGAAGAAACUAAAACGCCUGAAGGUAAAACAACAUCGAAGACUAUCACUAAACGAAUCAUUAAAAAAACCAAAGGCCCAAAGGUAGAAACUACAGAAAUAAUUAGUGAAAACAUAAAUAAUGAACAACCAAUAGUUACCGUACAUACUACAGAAGAUAUUAUAGAAGAUACAACUUCACCACUGACACAUGCUUUACAGACACCGGAUAAAGCAGUUUUCGUAGAAGAAAUUCCCGAGAAAGUAGAAGUAACGCAAGUUCGUACUGAAACUGGACAAAUAAAAUCAGUUAAGAAAACAAAACGAGUUAUUAUGAAAAAUAAAGGCCCUAAAAAGGAAAUUACAGAGAUCACUACCGUAAAGACUGAUGAUGAAAUGCCGAUUACCACUGUGAAUGUUGUUACACAAGAAGUUCCAGAAGAGAAAGAAGUAUCAGAAACAAUAGAAGCGAUAGAAUUUCCUGAAGAAACUACUAUUGAAGCAAUUGAAUCUUCAGAUGGUACACCCAAAUCUAAAAAAGUUACAAAACGCGUAAUCAAAAAGAAAGUAGGGCCCAAAGUUGAAACAACUGAAAUCACCACAGAAGAGGAGGAUAACAAAGAACCUCUAAUAACUAUACACACCGUAGAGGAUAUCGUUGAUGAAGAUAGUUCAGUGUUUCCAGAGGAAUUAUAUAAAACUGAUAAGGCAGAGGUCGUAGAAGAAAUUCCUGAAAAAGUUGAAAUUACACAAGUACGAACUGAAACUGGUGAAGUUAAGCCAGUAAAAACUACAAAAAGAGUAAUUAAGAAGAAAAAAGGUCCACGUGAAGAAAUCACAGAAAUUACGAAAACUGAAAUUGAAGGCCAAAGUCCGGUUACCACAAUAACAGUUAGUAAUGAAGAAAUACCUGAAGAAGUUUUAGCAGAAAGUGACGUUAAAUUGGAAGAGCCUGCAGAACAUGUGGAAAUUCGAGAGGGUAAGACGAAGAAAAUAUCUAUUAACAAAAACAAAAUAUCUCCUAAAACACAUGAAACUCAACCCACUACCAACGUACAAGACAAUCAACAAUAUACACAAGCUUAUACAAUAGAAGAAAUUCCAGAUGACAUUUUAGGACAACUAGAACACAAAAUUCCUGUAAAGGAAAAGGCAAAAAUUUUACACGAAUCAUUAGAAACUCUCCAUAUUCAAUAUUCAGAAUAUGAUACAUCAACAAAUAAAACUAUAAUCAUAAACGAAGACAUCAAUUCACCAAAAACCAAAAUAUCACAAAAUACAGAAGCCAAAUUUAAUAACAAACCAAAGAUACACUAUAAACACCCCAAAGCCAAAGUAGGGUUGAAUACCGAUUUGACACAUAAAACUCCUGCAAACGAGGACGAAACUCAAUUUAAUACAUAUGUACACACAAUAGAAGAUUAUGAUUCAGACACUAUUACACCGUUUGAAAACACUUCAUUCUUACCAGUCAAAGCACACAUUACUGAAGAGACCUCUCUUAAAAUACACGCAACACAGGUUCAAGUCCCAUUUAAUCAAAUUAUUGAAACGCCAAACAAAUCAGAAAGUAUUACUAUAAAAUCCACAUCAAGAUGUGGUAAAUACAUAACAAAAUUACCAUCAGACGAUGUUAAUGUUAUGGUUUCAAAACCUGCUGAGGAAAUAUCACAACAUAAUACAGAUCUUGCUGAUGAAACUCUAUUAACUGAAGAUGAAAAGGCAAAGAGCAAACUUAAAACGAAGAAAAUUUCGAAACGAGUCAUUAAAAAGAAAGUCGGGCCUAAAUUGGAAACAACAGAGAUCCUCACUGAACAACAAGGAAACGAGGAACCAAUCAUUUCUGUAAGUAAGAUGGAGGAACUUGUUGAGGAAGAAACUAUACCAUUCACUAUAUCAGAAACAGUAGACUCAGCUAAAGUAUUCGAAGAGAUUCCAGAAACCGUCCAAGUUACCCAAGUGCGUACUGAAGAAGGUGACAUUAAAACCAUUAAAACAACCAGAAGAGUAAUAAAGAAGAAAAAAGGACCCAAGCAAGAAAUAACCGAGAUAACGACUAUUGAAAAAGAAGAUGAGGCCCCAAUAACAACUGUUAGUGUGACAGAAAAAGAUGACGUACCGAUAACGCCGAUAGAAACGAUUGAACUACCGGAAGAAACUUAUGUUGAAGAAACGAAAACUCCGGAGGGCAUGAUUAAACAGAAGAAGAUAACCAAGCGUACUAUCAAAAAGAAAGUCGGUCCUAAAAUCGAAACAACUCAGAUUCUCUCUGAACAAGAAGACGAAAUGAAAGAACCAAUUAUUUCUGUACAUAAAACAGAGGAAGUAUUAGAUGAUGUUACUACACCACUCGCAGUCGCACCAUAUGAUACUGACAAAGCUAGAAUAAUCGAAGAAGUACCUGAAGAGGUAAAAGUUACCCGAGUGCGUACAGAAACAGGUGAAACUAAAUCUAUAAAAACCACAAAACGAGUUAUUAAGAAAAAGAAAGGACCGAAGGAAGAAAUAACUAUUAUUACUACUGUAGAAAAAGAAGGAGACACUCCAGUCACCACUGUCACAGUCACCGAUAAAGAUGAUACACUUCCAGAAGUAAAAGCAAUGGUAGAUACCUUUGAGCUACCAGAGGAAAUAACCGUGGAAGAAUUUACAACACCUGAAGGUACUACUAAGCUUAAGAAAGUUACAAAACGAACAAUAAAGAAAAAAGUGGGUCCUAAAGUGGAAACAACAAACAUCUUCACAGAACAAGAAGACGAAACACAAGAACCAGUAAUAUCUGUUCACAAAACUGAAGAAAUCUUAGAUGAUAUAACAAAACCACUUGAGACAUUAUUGGAUCUGCCCCACGAGGUUAAAGUUGUCGAAGAAGUGCCCGAAGAAGUUCAAGUUACACAAGUAAAGACGAAAUUCGGUGAAACUAAAUCGGUGAAAACUACAAAGCGGGUAAUCAAAAAGAAAAAGGGACCCAAGGAAGAGGUUACUGAAAUUACUACUAUUGAAAAAGAUGGCGAAUCACCAAUAACUACUGUACAUGUUACGGAGAUAGAGGAUCAAAAACCAACAGAGACAAUAGAAUUGCCAGAAGAGACCUCUGUGGAAGAAUAUAAUACACCAGAAGGUGAAACUAAACAUAAGAAAGUAACUAAACGUACAAUUAAAAAGAAAAAGGGUCCUAAAAUCGAAACAACACAAAUAGUUACCGAGGAAUGCGAUGAUAAUGAGGAACCUAUCAUUUCGGUACACAAAACGGAAGAAAUUAUUGACGAUAUUACUACACCAUUCGAAAGAAUAUUAGUUGAACCUGAUAAAGCUAGAAUCGUGGAAGAAAUUCCUGAAGACGUCAAAGUUACACAAGUAAGAACAGAAACCGGUGAAACGAAGUCAGUGAAAACUACUAAACGUGUACUCAAGAAGAAGAAAGGACCAAAGGAAGAAACUACUGAAAUUACUACUAUUGAAACAGAAGGAGAAAAGCCUGUUACAACUGUAUUCGUAACUGAAAAGGAAGAUUUUCCUAGAGAAGAUACGAUUCCAACACAGAUCGUUGAAUUACCAGAGGAAAUCUCUGUUGAAGAAUACAAAACUCCGGAUGGAAUUACUAAGCAGAAGAAAGUAAUUAAGCGCACAAUUAAGAAAAAACUGGGACCUAAAGUAGAAACAACAGAAAUUGUUACUGAACAUGACGACGAGGCUAAAGAACCGACUAUUUGUGUACAUAAGACUGAAGAAAUUGUAGAGGACGCAACAGUCCCGUUAGAACAAAUGUUAAGCGAACCUGAUGAAGCCAGGAUUGUAGAGGAAGUGCCCGAGGAUGUAAAAGUUGAGCAAGUACGAACAGAAACAGGAGAGAUUAAGUCUGUAAAAACUAUUAAACGCGUAAUCAAGAAAAAGAAAGGACCAAAAGAAAUUGUAACUGAAAUUGUAACCAUCCAUGCAGACGGAGAUGUUCCAGUUACUACGGUAAGUGUAACCGAGAAAGACGAGACUCCUAAAGAGGACUCCACUCCGACAGAAAUUAUUGAACUACCAGAACAGACUGUUAUUGAAGAAUUUCAAUCUCCGGAAGGUGUGAUUAAACAAAAGAAAACUGUGAAACGUGUAAUCAAAAAGAAAGUUGGUCCUAAACUUGAAACAACGCAAAUAAUCACAGAACAUGAUGAUGAAAGUAAGGAACCAGUUAUUUCUGUACUACGCACAGAAGAUAUAUUAGAAGAUGCUGCUAUCCCACUGGAGCAAUUGGUUGAAACAUUUGACGUAGCUAAGACUAUUAAAGAUGUACCAGAAGAUCUCAAAAUUACGCAAGUGCAUCCGCUAAUAGAUCAAUCAAAGACUACCAAAACAACAAGGCGAAUUAUCAAGAAAAAGAAGGAGCCAAAGGAAAAAGUUACUGAAAUUACUGUAGCGGAAGCAGAAGAUGAUAAGCCUGUCACAAUAGAGGAUAUUACUGAAAAGGAUGAAACCCCUGAAGAAAAUAUUAAGCGAACAGAUAUAAUAGAACUCCCAGAAGAAAUCAUUAUAGAACCAUAUAUAACUCCAGAAGGUGAAACUAAGCAAAAGAAGGUGACUAAACGCACUAUUAAAAAGAAAGUAGGACCCAAACUGGAAACUACACAAAUUGUUACAGAACAAAAAGAUGGUACUGAAGCUCCCAUUGUUUCAGUACAUAAAAUAGAAGAGAUAAUCGAUGAUGCUGCUGAGCCAUUUGAAAGACUAUUAGAUGAACCAGAUUCAGCUAGAAUAAUAGACGAAGUGCCUGAAGAAGUUAAAGUCACGCAAAUCCGUACAGAAGCCGGUGAAACAAAGUCAGUGAAGACUACAAAACGUAUUAUUAAAAAGAAGAAAGGUCCUAAAGAAGAAGUUACCGAAAUUACAACACUGAAACAAGAUGGAGAAUCACCUAUUACUACGGUAUAUGUGACUGAGAAGGAUGAUACUCCAAGAGAAGAUACAAAGCCAAUAGAAUCAAUCGAGUUACCUGAAGAAACUUUUGUUGAAGAGUACAAAACUCCUGAAGGUGAUAUUAAACAAAAGAAAGUAACUAAACGUAUUAUCAAAAAGAAAAUAGGUCCUAAAAUUGAAACGACACAAAUUAUCACUCAAGAUGACGAAGAAGAAAAACAACCCAUUAUUUCGGUACAGAAAACAGAAGAAAUAAUUGAUGAGAGCAUUGAACCUUUUGAAACAAUAUUAAAUGAACUUGAUACAGCUAAAAUUGUAGAAGAAGUACCCGAAGAUGUAAAAAUUACGCACGUUCAGACUAAAUCUGGUGAAACAAAAGCCAUUAAAACAACAAAACGAGUCAUCAAAAAGAAGAAGGGUCCAAAAGAAGAAGUUACAGAAAUCACUACCAUUGAACGGGAAGGAGAAAUACCUAUAACUACAGUGAACAUUAUGGAGACUGAAAAACCGAAAGAUGAGCAUACUUCUCAAUUUGUCCCAGAAACUUCAGAAGGUAAGUUGGUAAAGAAGAAAAUUGCUAAACGCAUUCACGAACAAAUGCCGGAAAAAGAGGUCACAAAAAUUGUUUGCGAAGAACAGACAACUAAAGAGUCACUCAUACACACCACAGAAGACAUCUUCGAUGACACUACUUUGCCACUCAUCACUACACAUAAACCAACGAAAGCACAUAUCAUUGAAGAGACACCUGAUCAAGUCGAAAUAUCCAUAGUACAAAUACAUUCAGACAACACAACACCCGCCAAAGUAACUAAAAAACCACUUAAAAAAGAAGAUAAAUCUCUUGAAGAAAGUUUGCCUAAGAAAGACGAGUCAAUAAAAAUUGUUGAACUUCCAGAGGAAAUAACUAUCGAAGAAACUAAAACGCCUGAAGGUAAAACAACAUCGAAGACUAUCACUAAACGAAUCAUUAAAAAAACCAAAGGCCCAAAGGUAGAAACUACAGAAAUAAUUAGUGAAAACAUAAAUAAUGAACAACCAAUAGUUACCGUACAUACUACAGAAGAUAUUAUAGAAGAUACAACUUCACCACUGACACAUGCUUUACAGACACCGGAUAAAGCAGUUUUCGUAGAAGAAAUUCCCGAGAAAGUAGAAGUAACGCAAGUUCGUACUGAAACUGGACAAAUAAAAUCAGUUAAGAAAACAAAACGAGUUAUUAUGAAAAAUAAAGGCCCUAAAAAGGAAAUUACAGAGAUCACUACCGUAAAGACUGAUGAUGAAAUGCCGAUUACCACUGUGAAUGUUGUUACACAAGAAGUUCCAGAAGAGAAAGAAGUAUCAGAAACAAUAGAAGCGAUAGAAUUUCCUGAAGAAACUACUAUUGAAGCAAUUGAAUCUUCAGAUGGUACACCCAAAUCUAAAAAAGUUACAAAACGCGUAAUCAAAAAGAAAGUAGGGCCCAAAGUUGAAACAACUGAAAUCACCACAGAAGAGGAGGAUAACAAAGAACCUCUAAUAACUAUACACACCGUAGAGGAUAUCGUUGAUGAAGAUAGUUCAGUGUUUCCAGAGGAAUUAUAUAAAACUGAUAAGGCAGAGGUCGUAGAAGAAAUUCCUGAAAAAGUUGAAAUUACACAAGUACGAACUGAAACUGGUGAAGUUAAGCCAGUAAAAACUACAAAAAGAGUAAUUAAGAAGAAAAAAGGUCCACGUGAAGAAAUCACAGAAAUUACGAAAACUGAAAUUGAAGGCCAAAGUCCGGUUACCACAAUAACAGUUAGUAAUGAAGAAAUACCUGAAGAAGUUUUAGCAGAAAGUGACGUUAAAUUGGAAGAGCCUGCAGAACAUGUGGAAAUUCGAGAGGAUCAUUUAGACUUACCUAGUGAUACAGAGUCACCGAAGGCACCAACCGAACUAAAACCUCAAGAAAAGAAGCCAAAGAAGAUCAAAAAGAAAGGAAAAGAAGAUUUGCCAAAAGGUGACGAUGAAGAAACAACAGAAAGUAACAAAGUAGAUGAAAAAGAACCAGUUAUAUCAAAUGAAAUUACAGAAAAGAAGGAACCAAAGAAACUGAAAUUAACACCAAUGAAAAUUGAAAAAAUGAAAAUUAGUGAAGCUCAACAUGCUGAAAAUAUAGAAAGACCUCAGUUUGCUAAAUUAAAAUUGAAGAAACCAGUACCAAAACCAAAACAAGAACAAUCUACAGUUACGUUACCCAAGUUCCAGCUAAAAAGUCGUAUCAAAUAUAUUACUGACUGGCCACCACAAGAUAUAAAGCCUAUUAUUAGCUUUUUGGGUAGCGUUCGACAAAAUGGAGAAUUAUCUAGAAACAUUAAGGAAGCUGCGAAGAUUAAAAAGAAACCUAUAAAAGUAUCUAUGCCAGAAUUCGAAAAAGCAGAACUAGAGAAACCAGAACAAUUUGAAUUUUCUCCAGAUAAAGAAGAAAUUAUCUCUGAGGAAUCGAAAUUAGAAGUUGACGAAAAGGACGACAAGCCCAUCACGGAAGAAAAACAUAUUACAGAUAUUCCUCAUAAACCUUUACAACCAGAAGCCACAGAAACUACUAAAACUAAAACUAAAAAACCAACAGUCACUGAAGAUUUACCUGAAGAGAAAAUAUUAGAACCAAAAACAAAAGAAGAAACAAGUGAAGAUAUUGUAAAUCUUGACGUACAAGAUAUUAAACCCGAAGAAACUUUAGUGGAAUCUAAGGAAAUUGUUAAAAAAGUAAUAAAGAAAACACCUAAACCAACUGAUAAAAAAGAUGAACCAAUAAUUGAUAAAGAAGAGCCCAUUACUUCAGAAAUUGAAUCUAAACCUGAGCCCGAAGAUAAAAUUGAAGUUAUAGAAAAGAAACCUAAAAAACGAAAAGAUAAACCUAUACCAAAAGAAUUAAAAGAAGAGACGGAUACGGAAAAACCUAUAGAAAUUAUUGAUUCAAAACCAGACCAGGAAAUUAUUGAACAAGAAUCUAUAAACAAGGAACCGGAAAAAGAAGCUGAAAUCAUUGAAGAAAAACCGAAACCUGUAAAGAAAAUAAAGAAAAAAGUUAUUGCAAAAGACAUCAAACCACAAAUUGAAGAAGAUAUAACUCCGGAAACUGAAGAAAAAACUGAAGUUAUAACAGAACUUCAAGAAGAUUUAAUAUCAAAGGAGGAUAUUGUAUCCGAACCUCUUGUAAUUGAAGAAAAGCCUAAAAAAGUAAAAAAGAAAACUGUAAAACCUGAAAUAGAAAAAUCAGAAGAAAAGCCUGAAGAAAAGCCUGAAGAGAAACCCAUAUCUGAAGAAGGUCCUAAGGAAAUUCCAACUGUAAAAGAUAAAAAACCUAAGCCUAAACUAACACCAAUUAAGAUAGAAAGGAAAGUUCUUGAAAUAAGUAAACCACAGCACGCAGAAAGUGUCGAAGGUCCCCAGUUUACUAAACUUAAAUUAAAGAAAACUGUCUCUAAACCUAAACAGGAAAGUUCUGUAGUUACUUUACCAAAAUUCCAGUUAAAGAGUCGUAUCAAAUAUAUAAGAGACUGGCCUCCUCAAAUCAUACAACCAGUAAUAAGCUUCUUAGGAAGUGUGAAACAAAAUGGAAUAUUGUCAAGAAACGUGAAAGAGGCAGCAAAAAUUAAGAAAAAAGUAUAUAAAGAACCCGAAUUACCUGAAAUAGAAAAAACAGAAUUAGAAAAACCCUUGUUUGGAUAUGAGGAUAUCAUAGAAAGUAAAAAACAAGAAGAAUUGCCAAAGGAAGAUGUUGAAGAAAGCAAGGAUGAAGAACCUGAGCAAUUUACUAUAAAGCCAAGGCGUCCAAGUGUCAAAAAAUCUGAAGAAUUAGUAGAUGAAGUAACUAUAAAAAAGAAGUUAAAACCACUUCGAAAGUCAUCAGUGACAUUGCCAGAAAUAACUGAGCCAGAAAAUGUUACGUUUAGACCAAGAAGCACUAAAACAAAAGAAGAUGUUGAACAGGAAUUUAAUAUUCAAUUAGAUUCAUAUGCGGAAGAAGAAAUAUCAAUGUCUAGUAAAGUGAAAUUAAAACCACAAAAGCAACCUACCUUCAACGAAGAAGCCAAUGAAACAUCUAUUCAAUUUUAUGAAGAAAACGAGGGACCUGAUAUUGUAGAAAUAAUAGAAAGUGAAAUUGAGGAAGAGGAUGAAACGUCAAAUAUAAUGGUACCAUUAAAGAAACCAAAAAAAGUAAAGAAAACUUCAUCAGAAGACAUUACUUCAAACGUAACUAUAUCUAAACCAAAACGAACUGAAGAAAUAUCAGAAAUAACUGAAGAUGUAAAUCUUAAAUUAGAUAAGAAGCCUAAAUAUGUAAUUGAUGAUCAAGAAGAGGUAACGUUUGAUGUGAAAUCACAAACAGAUCAAUAUACACAAGAAGAAUUGUCACUUUCGAGUAAAAUAAAACUCAAACCGAAAAAGAAAGUAACUGUAUCAGAGGCUGCCGAUGAGGCAUCUAUACAAUUGACACAAGAAAUAGAGGAUGACAGUCAAGCAGAAGAGAUAAUUUUAAGCGAAGCCGAGUCAGAGGAUAAUGUGGAAUUCCGUAUCAAACGUAAGCCUAAAAAACCUACAUACGAGGUCAGUGAAGUGGAAGAGCUUAGUAUAGAACUGAAACCUAAAAAGAUAAAUGACGAUACAUUUGAGGAAGAGCAAUUAACCAUUUCAGCCAAACGAAAACCUAGGAAACCCUCACAAAUUCAAGAAGCCGACGUAUCUAUGAGCAUCUCCAGAGAACAAGAAUUUCCAGAAACACCUCUGGACGUGCGAAGUGGAGACACAGUUUUUGCUGUAUAUUCUUACGUAGCCGAAACUGAUGAAGCAAUAAACCUGGUUGAAGGAGAACGCCUUUAUAUACUGGAAACUACAAAUCAAGACUGGUGGUUUGUUCGCAAACAUCUUACUGAAGAAAAGGGAUGGGUUCCAGCACAAUACCUAAUGGACGAAGCAAAUUAUACUUUAUAUUUACAAAAGAAACUAAACGAGAAAAUUGACAAGCUUCCAGUAUUCGAAAAACCAGCAUCAGAGGAAAGGGCUAUAGCACCAAUAUUUGUAGAAAAGUUGCGUCCAAAACAUACACCAGACGGAUCAACUGUACAAUUUGAAUGCCAAGUUGAGGGUUACCCAAGACCACAAAUUACUUGGUUCAGACAGACAGCUAUAAUUAAACCUUCUCAAGACUUCCAAAUAUAUUACGAUGAUGACAAUGUAGCUACACUAGUGAUUCGUGAAGUAUUUCCUGAAGACGCUGGCACUUUUACAUGCGUAGCCAAAAAUGCUGCAGGUUUUGCUUCUAGUACUACAGAACUUAUAGUAGAAGCUCCUCUUUCUGAUCAUGGCUCUGAAAUGACUAUUUUAUCCAGAAAGAGCCUUUCGAGGGAAUCUUCGUUGGCUGAUAUUUUAGAAGGCAUUCCACCUACCUUCUCGAAAAGACCUAAAGCCCAGUAUGUUGAUGAGGGUUCUCAAAUAUUCUUGGAAUGCAGAUUAGUGGCUAUUCCAGAACCAGAUAUUGCUUGGUUCUUCAAAGGUGAAGAAAUAUUUCCAGAUGAAAAUAUAUCUGUAGCCACAGAAUCAGACAUGCACAUGUACUGUAGCGUGCUCAAAAUAUCAAACGUUAAAAAAUAUCAAGAAGGUACCUACACUGUCUUAGCCGUCAACAGAGAAGGCGAAGCUAGUUUACCUAUAGUAUUAAAGAUUAAAACUGGACAAAAGGAAAAACCCCAAGUGAUUGAACCUUUGAAGAAUAUGACCAUCAGAGAGGGCGAAAGUGUUGUUCUUACAACUCAGGUCGUCGGAAAUCCACAACCAACAGUAGCUUGGUAUAAAAAUAAUAAACCAGUUAAAUCAUUGGCUACAAAAUCUGAUGGCGAAACUCACACUAUUACUAUUAUAAAACCAAGAAAAAGCAAAGACGAUGGUGUAUAUACUCUCAAGGCCGUAAAUUCAGAAGGUUCCACAGAAACUAGUGCAGUCAUAACAAUAGAAGAACCAACAGAAGAAAAUGCUGAACCACCGCUAUUCAUUAAUAGAUUCCAAGAAAUCACUGUUAAAGAGAAAGGUACAAUAAAAUUGGUAGCGAAGGUAACUGGAAACCCUGUACCUAUAAUAACAUGGUACAGAAAUAAUGAAAUAAUUUCGCCCUCAGAAACAGUUACACAAACAUACGAUGGUGAAAAUAUUGAAUUAAUAAUAACAAAUGUCGAUUCUGAAAUUGAUUCUGGUGAUUAUAAAUGCGUAGCAUCAAAUAGCGCUGGUAAAGCUUCUCAUGGAGCACGUGUAACAAUUGACGUAGAUAAAGUAACAUUCGUCAAAAACUUAAAGAGCUCUUAUGAAAUUGAAGAAGGGAAAACAGUUGUACUGGAAUGUCAAACAUCACAUACAGUGUCUACAAAAUGGUAUCAUAAUGAUAAAGAACUCAGUGGUAUGGAUCACAGAGAAAUUAUACAAGAAGGACGUACUCACAAGUUGCGUAUCAAGAAAACGAAAUUAACUGAUAUUGGAUCAAUUAAAUGCGUUGUAAAAGACCAAGAAACUAGAACUAAAUUAACAGUACAUGAAACAAUACCAGAAUUCGUACGUAAGCUACAAGAUUUCGAAGUAAAAGAAAGGGAUAUUGCAAUUCUGGAGGUCGAGAUAAAUUCUGAAACUGCGGAUGUAUUCUGGGAAAAAGAUGGAGAGAGAAUCAAACCAAAGAAAAACAAAUAUGAAGUUGAGAAACGCGGUAAUGUGCGUAAGCUAUUUAUUAGAAAUACCUCAGUUCAUGAUGAAGGUGAAUAUACUUGUAUACUUCGAGAUGACUCUUGUACUGCUGAAGUAACCGUUGUCGAGUUACCACCAGAGAUAAUUUCACGUCUUCAAGACCAAUAUGUCAGUAAAGGCAACAAAGCAACGUUUGAAAUAGAACUUACAAAGGGUGAUGCACUUGUACAAUGGUUUAAAGAUGGGUCAGAAAUUCAAUUCUCAAAUCAUAUGCAACUAACAAUAGACGGAAAGAAACAAAAAUUGAAAAUAUAUGAUUGUGAAAUCUCAGACGCAGGAGAAUACGCAUGUGAAGUUGGAAGUGACAGAUGUACAGCAAAACUUAUCGUUGAAGAACCAUCCGUUGACUUUACAUUGCGGCUUCCAGAGGUUAUUGUAGUACCAGCAAAUACUGACGCUUACUUAACAGUUGAAAUUCCUGACGAAACUAUGGAUGUCACUUGGUAUAAAAAGAAAUCAAUAAUUAAAGAUAGUGAAAAGUUCACUCUUAUAUCGGAUGUUACUAAGCGUACACUUAUAAUUCGAAAAUGUACUGAAGAGGACCAAACUGAAUACUCAUGUGUAUUAUUGGAUGCCAAAUGUUCAACCAAAUUGAAAGUAGAAGUUUUAGAGUCAUCUCCAAGAAUUAUAUCUAGUGAUAGUGAAUACAGGGUUAAGAGAGGUACUGAUGUGACACUACAAGUUCAGUAUGAUGCCAUUCCUCAGCCUAACGAUGAAUGGGUUGUUAAUUCUAAAAUUAUUAAAAAGUCUAAGCACACGAAACCAUCAAUUGAUUCUAGAACAGCAAGCUUGACAAUUAAAAAAGUAGAAAAUACCGACGCCGGUAUUUACAAACUAAGGCUCGAAAAUAACUGCGGAGAAGUAGAAGUAGACAUAAAUGUAAUUGUAUUAGAUAUUCCAUCACCUCCUGGAAAACCGAACAUUUUAGAAACUGAUGAUACCUCUGUAAAUAUUUGCUGGGAUGCACCCGAAAGUAAUGGUUUCUCAGAAAUUGAUUGCUACAUUGUAGAGUAUCAAGAGAUAAAUACAACAGAGUGGCUGUCUAUUGAGAAUGUAAGAAAGACUCAAUACAGUGUAGAAAACCUAAAAACUAAAUCAUCAUACAGGUUUAGAGUAUUCGCCAUAAAUGAAGUUGGUGUAAGUGAAUCUUCGGAAGUCACCGAAUUUGUGAGAAUUGAAAAGAUAACUAAAUCUCAACCACCUACCGUUGAAAAACCUUUGAAAGAUGUAGUCGGAGAACCAGAUGAAGACGUAGAAUUAAUUUGUAUAUUUGGUGGCAUUCCUCAACCUAAAGUAACUUGGGUCAAAGACGGAAAGAAAUUGAAAACUGCUAAAGCUACAUAUGAAAAUAGAGUAGCAACUCUCGUUGUUACUACUACAACAACAUCUGAAGGGGAAUAUAAAUGUAUAGCUACUAAUGAAUAUGGCGAGGCUGAAACCACUUGUAAUGUUGAAGUUCAGCAAAAACCAAUUAUUAAUAUAUCAGAAAAUGAAAUCAACCAGAAACUCAGAGUUGGCGACGAAUGGUGUGUUACAGCUUACAUAAAAGGCAUACCUAAACCUGAAAUUACUUGGUAUAGAAAUGGUUCCAAAAUUGAAAGGUCAUCAGAAUUAGAAAUAAUUACACAAGAGGAUUGCAGCAUUAUUAAAAUAUCGAACUUAGACAGAUCUCAUACUAAUAAAUAUACUAUCGAAGCUUCCAAUAAGGCUGGCUCUAGUUCUGUUGAACUCUCACUAAGAGUAUACGAUAAACCAAGUCGACCAGAAGGUCCAGUGAUUAUGCGAGAAAUUAGCCGGGAAUCUGUAACAAUCGAAUGGAAACCACCCCUUGACGAUGGUGGUUUAGAAUUGACAAAAUACGCUAUAGAAAAGCAUGAACCAGACACAAACCAAUGGAUUAAGGUUGCUGACGUAGAUAGAGACGUGGAAACGUACUGUAUACAACGACUAAAUGAGAACUGUGAAUACUUAUUCCGCGUCAUGGCACAAAAUCCUAUUGGUUUCUCCGAAGCAUUAGAAAGUGAACCUAUUCUUAUUAAGACUGCUUUAGACGUUCCGUCGCCACCUUUAGGCCCUCUUGGCAUAUACGGUAUCGGCAGCGACUCACUGACUAUCACGUGGUAUCCAUCAGAAAGAAAUGGUGGCUCGCCAAUUCUGGAUUACAGUGUUGAAAUUAAACAAGAAGGCAAGAAGUGGAAGCAUAUAGCAACCGUUACAGAAACGAAAGCAAAAAUAGAGAAAUUGUCAACCAACACUACCUAUCAGUUCAGAAUAUGUGCUAGAAAUGAAAUCGGAACAAGUCUACCAUACACGUCUGAUGAAAAAAUAACUAUAGGAAAAACACUAUCACCACCUUCCCAGCCACGAAACUUCAUUAUAAAGGAAAUUACAUCGAGGUCUGUUACUUUGCAAUGGACUGCUCCAGAAAGCGAUGGUGGAAGUGUUAUUACAAAUUACAUAAUCGAAUACAAGAAUGUGAAAGGUAAAAAAUGGACCAAAGUAAUUACAGUGGGUGGUUCUGUAUAUGAGCACUGCAUUGAAAAUAUAAAAGAGAAAGAUGAGUUAGUGUUUAGAAUAUCUGCAGAGAAUGCAAUCGGCGUGAGCUUACCAACAGAGUCCCAGACAGUCAAAUUGGAAAAGCAUGCAACGGUACCAUCUCCGCCGACGGCCCCGUUGGAAAUCAGAACUGUGGGCAACAAUAUAGUGAUGACGUCGUGGGGUACUCCGGAAUGGGACGGUGGAGCACCUCUGCUUGGUUACAAUAUCGCCAUUCGUGACGUCACCAAAACCAUGUGGAUGGAAGUCGGAAAAGUUGACGCGCACACACUCAAGUUUAACAUACGCGAUCUAAGCGAGAAUCAUACGUACAUGAUUAGGAUAUACGCUCGCAACGAAAUUGGUCUCAGUGAACCACUCGAGUCCGACGAACCGUUCAAAGUGGUGCCUGGUGAAGAUUCGCACGCCGACGAGGAGCCUGGCGAACAUACGGAGUUGACUGAACCCACUUCAUUCAGCACGCAGACCACCACGUCAUGGCUCCGCGAGCAUAACAUGGACGCCGACAUCCGUUCAUACGCGCGCGGCUCUCUUCUGCGUCGCGACGAAUACUUCUUCAGGAUAUGGCAUUAUGCCAAACAACUAUUUAAAUGAUGCGACAAAAUCACGCACAAACAUUUUGACCUGUGAUAUUUAACGACAAAAUUCUUGUUCUAGUUGGCGGAUAGCAUUAGACAUACAGACAGUGCGUCCAAUCUCGAACUCUGCUAUUUUGUAAUUUUAUAAUACGAUUUUUUUUUAUAUCAAAUCAUAGUAUUUCAAAUAUUUAUUCUAGUUAAGAAUUAAAUUAUUUUAUUUAUUUAAUUUAUUGAACAAUAAAUUCUGAUGAUGAAGUUUGAAUCUCAUUCAAUAGUUAACGGGAGACGUAUUAAAUAUAGGUGCAUAAAUAUUAUUUCGAUAAAUUGAAUGAGGUACGAAUAACGUCAUCAGAUUUUAUAAAUUGAAAAAUUUAAUAAUACAUAUGAAUAGCAACUGU